CCCAGCCUUGCCUCGGGUGUAGGGAUUGCAUAGGGAAAAAACAGAACUACACAGCUACACUGUGUGGUUUUGUUUUUUGGGGAAUUCUUUGAGGCUAAACUGUUUUCACAUUGGAUUUUCCAACAACGUUUCUGGAUAAGGAGAUUGUUUCUGAAGAGAUAAAACUUCUGGGCUUUGCCCCAUCAAACCUAGGCACCCUUGUGGAUACAAGGUGCCGUCCACAAUGUCUACACAGGCGCCAACAUUUACACAGCCGCUGCAGAGCGUUGUGGCACUAGAGGGUAGUGCUGCAACGUUCGAGGCUCAAGUUAGUGGUACUCCAGUUCCUGAGGUGAGCUGGUUCCGUGAUGGCCAGGUUCUUUCCGCUGCCGCUCUGCCCGGCGCACAGAUCUCGUUCAGCGAUGGCCGCGCUGUUCUGAUGAUCCCUGCUGUGACAGCCGCACACAGUGGAAGAUUUUCUGUGAGAGCCACCAAUGGCGCUGGACAAGCCACUAGCACCGCUGAACUUCUUGUUACAGCUGAGACCGCGCCGCCAAACUUUAUUCAGAGACUUCAGAGUUCAACCGUGAGACAAGGAAGCCAAGUGAGGCUGGAUGUCCGUGUGACAGGAAUCCCUACACCUGUGGUAAAGUUCUACAGAGAAGGGGCUGAGAUUCAGAGUUCUGCCGACUUUCAGAUUGUUCAAGAAGGAGACCUUUAUAGUUUGUUGAUUGCCGAAGCCUUCCCAGAGGAUUCAGGAACUUACUCCGUAAAUGCUUCAAACAGCAGUGGAAGGGCUACCUCCACUGCCGAACUGCUAGUUCAAGGCGAAGAAGCUGUGCCCACCAAGAAGGUAAAAACCGUUGUGUCAGCCUCCUCCCAGAUGACUUCCUCUCAGAGUCGCCAGACCAGAGUGGAGUCAAGGAGUAUGGAGAGUCAUUUUGAAUCGUCAUCCAUGCAAAUGCAUGUUGAAGGUGGUUUAGUGAGCCACCUUGCACACAAGACACCUCCACGUGUGCCCCCAAAGCCGACCUCAACCUCCAAGUCCCCAACACCACCAUCUCUUGCAGCCAGGGUGGCAGGGGGCCGUCAUCAGUCCCCAUCACCUGUGAGACAUGUCAAAGCCCCCACACCGGCCCCUGUCAGGCCCGUAUCACCUACUUCUAGACUGUCAGUGUCCCCAAUCAGACCAGUUAAAUCCCCACUGACCACACACAAACAGGCAGCCCAUGGCCCAGAUGUCCUCCCACCAUGGAAGCAGGGGGACUUUUUGGAAGGUUCCAGCCGCUACUCCAGCAGCAUGUCUUCCAGUGCCCAGACUUCCAUGUCUGCCACCCAGGUUCACAUGCAGCAGCAAUGGGAGGGCUCGUAUGGAAUGCAAAAGACUGGUGCCGCUGUAUCUGGUGUCGCUGUUAAAGAGGAGGCGCAGCAUGAGAUGGAUGAUAAAGUGGUUGCAGUAGCUACUGUGGUGGCAGCAGUGGACCACGCUCGCAGCCGCAAGUCUGCUGGUUUUACACCAGAGCCGGUGCCAAUGCCAGGGCCUCUGGUCACACCCAGUACAGAGCCACAGAUAUCUUCUAGCACCUCUGCCACUGUGGCGUUAAUGUCCGCUACCAGGGAACAGGUUGAGGGUGGGAAAAAAGCAGAGGCAAAGGCUACUGUGGUUGCUGCUGUCGACCUAGCACGUGUUCGGGAGCCAAUGCAUGCUGAAGAGGAAGCCUUUGAAUCAGAUUUCAAACAGCAGACAAUGCUUGCAACUACUGGGCAGUACGUCACAAUGAAAACCGAGGCUGUGCAUAGACCACCUGCGAAGGUGCCAAUAAUACCACCGAUGGCAAUUAAAACAACAUUUGAUGAGCAGAGUAUUCAUGUUGACCAGAUACAAAGAAGUGAAGAAACUUCUAUCGUCCACAAGGAUACUGCUUUUGCACCAUACCAAUUACAUGUGGAUGCUGCCCCUGUGCCAUCCCCAGUUACAAUCAUGGAUAGUGCACUUCCACCAUCCCCAAUUCCACAUUUCACAGUUUCAAAAAUUACUGUCCCUAAACCAGACCAUAGCUCUGAGGUUUCGAUAGCAGGUUCUGCAAUUGCCACACUGCAGAAAGAGUUAUCCUCUACCACUGCACAUGCUGCGCACAAGAUCAUCAAGCCCGUCAAGCCCCCAUCUCCUAGUCUCCACCGUAAGGUUGUGGGAGUGACACCAGAACCAACCCCGUCGCCCUUUAAAGAUAUUGCAGACAGAUACCAGACACAUUUUGACACUCCGUUACAGACUCAGAUAGGUGCUGCGUUGACAGGGGGAAAGGAGCAAAUGUACGAAGUGUUUGAAACGAAGACUUUUGAAAUUGCAGCAGAAAAGGCAGUUGUGCCACCUACUCUUGUAGCUGCCUUGAAGAACAUGACUGUGACUGAGGGGGAAUCUGUGACUCUGGAAUGCCAGAUCACAGGUCACCCUGCCCCUGGCAUCAUGUGGUUCAGAGAAGACUACAGAAUUGAGAGCUCCAUUGACUUCCAGAUCACCUAUGAAAGUGGAUGGGCCCGUCUUGUCAUCCGUGAGGCUUUCGCAGAAGACAGCGGUCGCUUCACUUGUACUGCUACUAGCGAGGCUGGAACAAUCAGCACAUCCUGCUACCUACUUGUCCAGGUAACUGAAGAGAUUGAGACCCGAGAAGAAAUGACACAACAACAGACUGCGUUUGACCUUACUGCUCAAGAGAAAAUGUUUACGGUUGAAUCAAAGGAGACCAAGUUGGAGGCGAGUUCCGCCCCCACAGGUUCACAAGUGGAUACUGCAGAUGCAGUCCCUCCCUUCUUUGUCAAGAAGCCAACUGUACAGAAGUUGGUGGAGGGCGGUGGUGUUGUCUUUGAGUGUCAGAUCGGAGGAAGCCCCAAGCCUCACAUUAUCUGGAAGAAAAGUGGAGUUCCCCUUACUACUGGAUACAGAUAUAAAGUUCACUACAACAAGGAGAGUGGAGUGUGUAGAUUGGAGAUUUCUAUGACGUUUGCUGAUGAUGCUGGAGAGUACUCUAUCUUUGCCAAGAACACGCUUGGAGAAGCAUCUGCUUCAGCUACUCUGUUGGAGGAAGGGGAAUAUGAAGAAUACAUGAAGAAACAUGAAAUGAUGUAUAAGACCGAAGUGACUACUGUGGUGCAGGCAGAUAUCGCUCCUGUUGUUAUGAGCGAGUAUGAUGAGGAACAGAUGUAUAUGCAGAGGAGAAUGGCACAGCAAGCACAGAUGCAAAGCUUUGUCUCAACGCAGGAACUCCAGAUUUCUUCAUUUGAGGAGAGGAUCAUCCAUGAGAUUGAGAUUCGCAUCCUUCAGAUUACUUACCAACAAAUUGUGACUGAGGAUCGUGAAGUGAUGGUGACUUGUGCAGAUCACGAGGCUGUACAGUCAGCCUUUUCUACUCCAGUUAAAAACUACAGGAUCAUGGACGGAAUGGGCGUUACUUUCCACUGCAAAAUGGCAGGAACUCCACUUCCCAAGGUGGCAUGGUACAAAGACGGCAAGCGUAUCCAUCAUGGUGGCCGUUACCAGAUGGAGUGUCUUCAGGAUGGUCGAGCCAGCCUUCGUCUCCCUGUGGUUCUGCCGGAGGAUGAGGGCGUUUACACAGCUUUGGCUAGCAACAUAAAGGGCAACUCUGUGAGCUCUGGAAAACUAUAUGUGGUGCCCACUGCAGGAGCUCAGAGUUACACGCCUGAACCACAGGCAAUGCAGAGAAUUAGGUCCCAGUCUCCAAGAUCUCUCAGCCGCUCUCCCGGACGCUCAACAAGUCGUUCUCCCGGGCGCUCUCCAGCCCGCAGGCUGGAUGAUACUGAUGAGAGUCAGCUGGAGAGACUAUACAAGCCUGUGUUUGUUCUGAAGCCACAAUCAUUCAGGUGCGCUGAAGGGCAGACCGCCAGAUUUGACCUGAAAGUAGUUGGAAGACCCAUGCCUGACACCUUCUGGUUCCACAAUGGACAACAAGUUGUGAAUGAUUACACACACAAGAUAGUGGUGAAGGAAGAUGGAACUCAGUCCCUGAUUGUGGUUCCUGCCAUGCCCCAUGAUUCUGGAGAGUGGACCGUAGUUGCUCAAAACAGAGCUGGAAAAAACUCUGUUUCCAUAACACUUACAGUUGAUGCCAAAGAAAAUUUGCUAAGGCCUCAAUUUAUUGAGAAACUGAAGAAUGUCAGUGUGAAGAAAGGCACCCUGGUUGAGUUGGCUGUCAAAGCCAUUGGAAACCCCCUGCCUGACAUUGUUUGGCUGAAAAACAGUGACAUCAUCACCCCGCAGAAGCACCCAAAUAUCAAGAUUGAGGGCACUAAAGGAGAAGCCAAAUUCAAGAUCCCUCAGUCAGUGAGCACUGAUAGUGCCUGGUACACAGCCACAGCCAUUAACAAAGCUGGAAGAGAUACCACUCGCUGCAGGGUCAACAUCGAGGUAGAAACUGCUGCACCCGAACCAGAGAGAAGACUCAUUAUCACCAAGGGAAUUUACAAGGCCAAGGACAUAGCAGCUCCAGAGUUGGAACCCCUGCAUCUCCGUUAUGGUCAGGAGCAAUGGGAGGAAGGUGACCUAUAUGACAAAGAAAAACAGCAAAAACCACAGUUCAAGAAGAAGCUGACUUCUGUCAGGUUGAAGCGUUUUGGUCCGGUCCAUUUUGAAUGCAGGCUGACCCCUAUUGGGGACCCAAAUAUGGUGGUUGAGUGGUUGCAUGAUGGAAAACCCCUGGAAGCUGCUAACCGAUUGCGCAUGGUUAAUGAAUUUGGCUAUUGUAGUCUUGACUAUGAAGUUGCCUAUGCCAGAGACAGUGGGGUCAUCACCUGCAGGGCCACUAACAAGUUUGGUGCCGAUCAGACCUCAGCUACACUCAUUGUAAAAGAUGAGAAGAGUCUGGUUGAGGAGACCCAGUUACCUGAGGGCAGGAGGGAAAUACACAGAAUUGAUGAGAUGGAACGUAUUGCUCAUGAAGGUGGUCCUUCUGGAGUCACUGGAGAUGAUUAUUCAGAGAAGUCAAAACCUGAAAUUGUCCUUCUUCCUGAGGCUACAAGAGUGCUGGAAGGUGAAAUUGCAAGGUUCCGUUGCAGGGUGAUUGGUUAUCCUACGCCUAAAGUCAAUUGGUACCUAAAUGGCCAGCUCAUUCGUAAGAGCAAGAGAAUGAGACUUCGCUAUGAUGGCAUUUACUACCUAGAGAUCAUUGAUACAAAGUCAUACGAUGCAGGUGAUGUCAAAGUGGUAGCAGAGAACCCAGAGGGCACUGCUGAGCAUAUGGUGAAGCUGGAGAUCAAACAAAAGGAGGACUUCAGAUCUGUUCUCCGUCGCAUCCCUGAUGCAAAGGCAUAUGACACUACUGACCAUGGGAGGGUUGGCUUUGAAGUUGUAAAGGUUGAAAGGCCCGCUGAGCCCCAGCCAAAGGAAGUUGUCAAGCUGAGGAAGACUGAACGAGUAAUCCACGAGAAGUCCACAGAGGAGACAGAUGAGUUGAAGAGCAAAUUUAAGCGCAGGACUGAAGAAGGUUAUUAUGAGGCCAUCACUGCUGUGGAGCUUAAGUCCAAAAGAAAAGAUGAGUCCUAUGAAGAUAUGCUUAGGAAGAGGAAGGAAGAACUGCUUCAUCACAUGAAAGAGUUGUCUGAGGCUGAGAAGAAGAAAGAGUUGGAGGAGGGAAAACUCACCAUCCCCAUAAUCAAACCAGAAAGAGUACAGCUCUCUCCAAGCAUGGAAGCUCCAAGGAUCUUGGAACGCAUAGCAAGCCAGACUGUGUCCCUGACCGAUGAAGUUCGCUUCAGAGUCAGAGUUGUUGGCAGACCAGAACCUGAGUGCCAGUGGUUCAAGAAUGGAAUCCUGCUGGAAAAGACAGAUCGUAUUUACUGGUACUGGCCUGAAGACCAUGUAUGUGAAUUGGUGAUCAGAGAUGUUACAGCAGAAGACUCUGCUAGCAUUAUGGUCAAAGCUGUGAACAUUGCGGGAGAGACUUCAAGCCAUGCAUUCCUGCUGGUGCAAGCCACCCAAGUUAUUAGCUUUACUCAACAACUAGAGGACGUGGAAACUAAGGAGAAGGACACCAUGGCAACGUUUGAGUGCGAAACAAAUGAGCCUUUUGUCAAAGUCAAAUGGCUGAAGAACGGUGCAGAGAUUUUCCCUGGAGACAAAUACAGGAUGCACUCAGACAGAAAAGUUCAUUUCCUGUCUGUUCUGGUCAUCGACAUGAAGGACGAUGCAGAGUACACCUGUGCUGUUGUUGAAAAUGACCACAUCAGGUCGACUGCCAGACUGAAUGUUGAAGGAGCUCCACUGUCAAUUGUGAAGAUGCUGGAGAACAUUGAGGUGCCUGAGACCUACUCUGGGGAGUUUGAGGUUGAAUUGUCUCGAGAGGAUGCUGAAGGUACAUGGUACUUCAAUAACAAGGAAAUUACUACCAGCAGCAAAUAUGUCACUUCCUCCCGUCGUGGACGCCAUACCUUGUCUGUCAAAGAUGUCAAGAAGGAAGAUCAGGGAAAAUAUACAUUCAAAAUUGCUGACCUGCAGACCAGUGCUUCCCUUAAGAUGAAACUGCGCCCUGUGACACUAAUGCAAGGCCUCACUGAUCUGACGAUCUGUGAGGGUGACAUUGCUCAGUUAGAAGUGCGAUUCUCUCAGGAAAACGUUGAGGGAACAUGGAUGAAGAACGGCCAAGCCAUCUCUGCUACAGAUCGAAUACACAUUGUUAUCGACAAACUGGUCCACAAGCUCCUUGUUGAAAAUGUGAGCCGUGAAGACGCUGGAACAUACUCUUUUGUUGUACCAGCUCAAGAUAUCUCCACCUCUGGGAAGUUGAACGUUCAAACAAUUGAUAUUUUGAUCCCACUCACUGAUGUAACUGCAGUAGAGGGUACAAAGGUUGUCAUGGAGGCUAAAAUCUCUGCUGCUGAUGUUACCUCCGUGAAGUGGUUCCACAAUGACAAGAUUUUGAUGUCCAGUGAAAGAAUCCAGAUGAUUGCAAAGGGAUCCAAACAGCGGCUGGUGUUCCACAGAGCCUUUGCCUCAGAUGAGGGAACCUACAAGCUAUGUGUUGGAAAAGUUGACUGUAGCUGUAAACUGACCAUUGAAAAAAUUCAUAUUGUUAAGCAUAUGGAGGAUCAAGUUUGCACUGAGACCCAGAAUAUAACAUUUAAAGUUGAGGUUUCCCAUCCUGGCAUUGCUGCUGUUUGGACCUUUAAGAACCAACAACUCAAAGCUGGACCGAAGUAUAGGAUCGAGGCCAGGGGCAAAAAUCACAGCCUGACAGUCAUUAAUACCAUGAAGGAUGAAGAGGGGCAGUACACAUUUGCUGCUGGUGAACAGACAUCCAGUGCUAAGAUUACUGUGUCAGGUGGUGCCAUAAACAGACCACUCCAGGACUUGACCGUUGCUGAAUCUCAGACGGCUGAACUGGAGUGUGAAGUGGCUAACCCAACUGCUGAGGGCAAGUGGCUGAAGGAUGGAAAACAUGUGGAGUUCAGUGAUAAUGUCAAACAUGUGGAAGAUGGAGCUGUCCGACGUCUUGUUAUUGUCAUUACUAGACCCCAGGACAUUGGUGAAUACACCUACCAAGUUGCAAACUCGAAGACCACAGCCAACCUGAAAGUUGAGGCUGUGAAAGUCAAGAAGACCCUUAAGAACCAAACUGUGACUGAGACACAGGAGGCUGUGUUCAGUCUGGAGCUUAGCCACAAGAAUGUGAAGGGAUCACAAUGGAUUAAAAAUGGUGUAGAAAUACAACCCAGUGAGAAAUAUGAAAUUACAGUUGAUGGCAUGGUCCACAACUUGAAGAUUAAGAACUGUGACACACGUGAUGAAUCAGUUUAUGGCUUCAAACUUGGAAAGCUAUCUGCCAAUGCCAGACUGAAUGUGGAGACAAUAAAGAUUGUAAAGAAGCCAAAAGAUGUGACUUCACUGUUGGAUGCCACUGCUUCUUUUGAGCUGAGUUUGUCUCAUGACGAUAUCCCUAUCAAAUGGAUGUUCAAUAACAAGGAGAUUAAACCGAGUGAAAAUGUCAAAAUUAUGUCUGAAAGGAAAGCACACAAGCUGAUCAUCCAGAAUGUGAUGACUGACAACCAAGGAGAGUAUACUGCUCUGGUUGGAAACCUACAAUGCAGUGCAUCUUUAUAUGUUGAAGCUCUUCGUGUCACAAAACCCAUGAAGAACAUUGAAGUCCCGGAGACUCAGGUGGCCACAUUUGAAUGUGAAGUUUCCCAUUUCAAUAUCCCAUCCACCUGGCUGAAAAAUGGCGUGGAGAUCGAAAUGAGUGAAAAGUUCAGGAUUGUUGUUCAAGGCAAACUUCACCAGCUCAAGAUCAUGAACACCAGCAGAGAAGACUCUGCAGAAUACACCUUUGUCUGUGGAAAUGACAGAGUCUCUGCCACUUUGACCGUCAACACCAUUUUGAUCACUGACAUGCUGAAAGACCUCAAUGCACAGGAGAAAGACACCAUCACGUUUGAGGUGAAUGUCAACUACGAGGGCAUCACCUACAAAUGGCUCAAAAAUGGUGUUGAGAUUCGCUCCAGUGACAGAUGCCAGAUACGUACCAAACAGCUCACUCACUCGCUUACUAUCCGGAAUGUUCAUUUUGGUGAUGGUGCAGAAUACCAGUUUGUGGCUGGUUCAGCUGCAUCGUCUGCUAAGCUUUUUGUUGAUGCUCGUGUUAUUGAAUUCACCAAGCAUAUCAAAGAUAUCAAGAUCACAGAGAAAAAGAGGGCCACUUUUGAAUGUGAGAUCUCUGAGCCUAAUGUUCCGGUGAUGUGGAUGAAAGAUGGACAGGAGCUGGAAAUAUCAGAAAGAUACAUUGUAUCCACCGAGAAAUCUAUACACCGCCUGAUGAUCCAGUCAGUCCGCAUGUCUGAUGCCGGAGAAUAUUCUGUAGUCGCGGGUUCAAGUGUAUCUAAAGCUAAACUCACCGUAGAGGGUAAAGAUGUCCGUAUUACAGAACCUGCUGAGAAGAAAAUGACGGUUGUUGAAAAACAACGAACAACGUUUGAGUUCGAAGUCAACGAGGAUGACAUUGAAGGUCGCUGGCUGAAGAAUGGCGUGGAGAUCCAGUUUUCUGUUGAGCAGAGGUUUAGCUACGUUUGCAUUAGAAAGCUUCAUCGUCUCACCAUCACUGAGACAUACAGAAGUGAUGCUGGAGAAUACACCUUCAUUGCUGGCAGAAACAGGAGUGUUGUGACACUUCAAGUCAACAUUCCUGAGCCACCUCAGAUCAUCCGCCAGAUGCAGCCUUUGUCUGUGGAGUCUGGCAAACCUGCUCGAUUCUCUGUGGAAGUGACUGGCAUCCCCCAGCCUCAGGUCUUGUGGUACAAAGAUUCUCUGGCUCUGUCCCCUGGUUUCAAGUGCAAGUUCCUUAGUGAAGGAAACGAGUACACUCUGCUUCUCAUUGAAGUGUUUCCAGAGGACGCAGCAGUCUACAAGUGUGAGGCCAAGAAUGAAGCUGGUGUUGCCACCAGUUCAGCUUCCCUGGAUGUUGAAGUUUUAGAAGUAGUUUCUCCUGACACUGGAACUCCCCUCUCCCCACCAACCAUCAUUUCACCAAUCAGCAACAUCUCAACCACUGAAGGACAGUCGGCCAGAUUCCAGUGUAAAGUUACUGGAGAAGCUCUUCAGAUGUCCUGGUACCGUGGUGAGAAGGAAAUUAAGCAGUCAGACUUCUUCAGGAUGUCUACAUUUGAUGACACUUUUCAGCUAGAGAUCACCAGGGUGUACCCCGAGGAUGAAGGGGAAUAUACCUGUGUUGCCAGAAACCAGGGAGGAAUGGUCACAUGUUCUGCACAUUUGAAACUGAUGGUAGCCGAGGUGAGGGAAAAGAUUGAAACAGCCAUUGAGCAAGAAGUCAAAGUGCCACCUGUUUUCAGGAGCAAAAUUGUUCCCAUUGAGAUCAAUGUUGGCAGCGGAGCCAAGUUCGAAUGUGAAAUUGAAGAGGCACCAAAUGUAACCUUCAAAUGGUACAAGUCUGGCACUUUGAUCAAAGAGAGUGCAAAUUGCCGCAUCCUCAGUCGUCAGCUGACAUCUUCAUUGGAGUUCCUCAGCCCUGUUAAAGCUGACAGUGGUGAAUACAGCUGCAAAGCUACAAACCAGCAUGGCAGUGACUCCUGUUCCGCCAAACUGAUUGUGACAGAGCCUCCAAAGUUCACACGAAAACCUGACGGUGUGUCAGUGGUGAAACCUGGGCAAAGUAAGACAUUUGAAUGCCAGGUUACCGGAACUCCAGAGAUUGAUAUCUGCUGGUUCAAAGAUGGAAACGAGAUAAGUCCUGGUGACAAGUACAGGAUGUCCUUUGUUAACAGCAUAGUAUCCCUUGAUAUCUUUGCUGCUGAUACUAAGGACAGUGGAAUAUACUAUUGUGAGGCCCGUAAUGAGGCAGGCAGUGAAAGCUGCAGUAUGGAAUUGAAAGUGAAAGAGCCACCCUCCUUUGUAAAACAGUUAUCACUUGUUGAUAUUGUGAAGGGCUCAAAUGCGUCUUUCCAGUGUCAAGUCAUUGGCACCGGUCCAUUUGAGGUUAUGUGGCACAAGGAUUUAAAGGAAAUUAAAUCAAGCACAAAGCACAGUUUCUCACAAGCACAGGACAUUCUUAGUCUUGAAAUACAGAAAUGUGAUGGUGUGGAUGUUGGUGAAUACCAGUGUACUGUCUCAAAUGAAGUUGGGAGUUGUUCUUGUAGAACUAUGCUUCGUAUAAAAGAACCGCCGUCCUUUGUGAAGAAGAUCAAUAAUGUUGCCACUAUUUUGGGUAAAUCGGCUGAAUUUCAUUGUGUUGUGACUGGGUCACAAACUCUGUCUGUGCAAUGGCAAAAAGAUGAGAACUGGAUCCUGGAAGAUCCUAAAAUUGAAAGGAUAUUUGAAAAUAAUGUGGCAACUCUAAGGAUUCCGGUCUGUGAAACCAGUCAUGCUGGGAAAUAUACCUGCCAGGUGGCAAAUGAGGCCGGACAAGAAAAGUGCUUUGCAACCCUCAUGGUGCAAGAACCACCUCAGAUCAUAGAGAAACCAGAAGUGAUGAAAGUAACUACUGGGGAUCCAGUAAGUUUAGAGUGCAAAGUGACAGGCACUCCUGAGCUCCAAGUGAAGUGGAUCAAAAAUGGCAAAGAGCUCAAGUCAAGUCCACAGCAUAAACUCAGCUUUGAGAACAACAUUUGUAGCCUUAACAUUCAGAAUACACAACAAGAGGAUGCAGGCGACUAUCAAUUUAAAGUCUCAAACAACAUUGAUACCUGCAGUUGUGUAGUCAAGUUGAUUGUACUAGAGCAAAUUAUCCCCCCAACCUUCACCAAACCUCUGAGUGAAAUACAGGAAAUAUUGGGAACGUUUGUUCAAAUUGGCUGCAAAAUAUCUGGAUCACUUCCUAUCACUGUGGAAUGGCAAAAGGAUGGGAAGAGCAUUUCUGUUGGUGGAAAAUAUAAACUUAUUCGUCAAGACAAUUCAGUGUUUUUGGAAAUUGAACAGUUAGAGAGAGAUGAUGCUGGCACUUACUCUUGCAAACUGACAAAUGCAGCAGGAAGUGUUGAAUGCAGUGGGGCACUGAGGGUGAAAGAGCCACCAAGAUUUGUGCUGUUUCCUGAGUCCCAGGCAGCCCUGCCUAACUCCAAUGUGCGAUUUAAAAGCACAUUUAAAGGAACCCUUCCUUUCACAGUGAAAUGGUUCAAGGAUGAAGUUGAACUGAUAACUGGACCAUCAUGUUUUAUUGGACUGGAAGGCUUGUCUUCCUUCUUAGAUCUUUACUCAGUUGGAAGUUUGCAGAGUGGAGUUUACUCUUGUCAAGUUAGCAACGAUGCUGGCACAGAAAGAUGUAGUGCCAAUUUAAUGGUGAAAGAACCUCCUGAAUUUGUGCUAAAAUUGCCAGUCACAAAGUUUGUAAAGCAGCGUGAGCCACUUUGCCUCGAAUGCAAAGUCUCGGGUGACCCGUCUCUGCGAUUGCAGUGGUACAAAAACGACACUAAGAUCACGGAUGGUGGCAACUAUAGAACGUCAUUCGUUGGCUCAAUGGCAGUGCUUGAGCUGCUUUCCACAAGCUUUGAUGACAGUGGAGUCUACACCUGUGAAGCAACCAAUGACGCUGGAAGCAUAAGCUGCAGCACAACUCUUACAGUCAAAGACCCUCCAUCUUUCCUCAAAGUACCUCAGCCAAUUGAAGGAAUUAAAGAAAAGGAUGCUAGCCUACACUGUGAGAUUACUGGCACAGCACCUUUUGAGAUUACUUGGUCCAAAGACAAAACUGCAUUAAAGGAAAGUAGAAAAUACAAGAUGGUCAAUGAAGAUACUUCUGCCACUCUUCAUAUCAUUGGAUUGGAUGCCUCCGAUGUUGGAGAAUAUGAGUGCAAGGCAUCAAACAGUGUAGGACAUGAAACAUGCCAUACUACAGUUAAACUCAGAGAACCACCAACGUUUGUGAAGAAAUUGUCGAAUACAACAUGCAUAUUGGGUGAAGAAGUCACCCUGAUGGCCACUGUCAAAGGCUCACAGCCAAUGACUGCGUCUUGGGUAAAGGAUAAGGAUCACAUUCUCAGAGAUGGGGACAACCGGAAAAUUACCUUUGAGAACAACCAGGUUACUCUUAAAGUCUUCAAAGCAGACUCACUGGCAAUGGGCAAAUACACCUGCCAAAUCAAAAAUGAUGCUGGAGUUGUGGAAUGUUUUGCUAACUUGACUGUAUUAGAACCCGCUAAAGUUGUGGAUAGACCAGAGUCUUUCAGUGUGACUGCAGGUGAUAUUGCAGCUCUUGAAGUGAAAGUCUCGGGGACACCAGAGCUGAAACCAAAAUGGUAUAAGGAUGGGGUUGAGCUAUCCUCUGGCCAGAAGUACAAAAUAUCCUUCUCAAAGAUGAUCUCCAGUUUGAAAGUGUUGUCUGCAGAGAGGAUUGAUACAGGAGAAUAUAUUUUUGAGGUGAAAAAUGAGAUUGGCAGUGAUCUCACCAAAUUAAACCUCACUGUUCUAGAUAAAACCAUACCUCCAACAUUUACACGGAAAUUGAAGGAUUCUCAACCCAUUGUUGGAAAGGCUGGUGAAAUGGACUGCAAAGUCUCUGGUUCUGCACCUUUCACAAUUACAUGGUACCAUGAUGGAGAGGAAAUCAAAACUGGGCCAAACUAUGAGAUCACAUUCAUUGACAACACCUGCACACUGAAAGUGCCCACUCUUAAGUUGUCAGACUCAGGAGUGUAUAAAUGCAAAGCCGUAAACAAGGCCGGAACAAAUGAGACCAGUGCCUCUUUGCUUGUGAAAGAACCUCCUUCUUUCGUGAUGCCACCUCAGCCUUUGGAAGCAAUGCCUGGCACAAAUGUAACAUUCUCAGCAAUUGUGAAAGGAAGUGCACCACUGAAACUUAAAUGGUUCAGAGGCACCAAGGAAAUUGUGUCUGGAAAAGGCUGUGAAAUUGCUCUACAUGACAAUACAGCUACUCUGGAGCUAUCCAAAAUUGACAAAUCCCAUACUGGAGAGUAUACGUGCCAGAUUAUUAAUGAUGUUGGGAAGGAAAGUUACCCAGUUAACCUGUCUGUGAAAGAACCUGCACGCUUUGUUAAGAAGCUGAAGGAUCACUCUGUUGAGAAGGGGAAAUCACUGAUACUUGAGUGCGCAUACUCUGGAACCCCAAAGAUAUUUGUCACCUGGUAUAAGGAUGGAAAACAGCUAUAUGCCUCUUAUAAGUACAAUAUCACUACCACUGAGACCUCGUGCAUCUUGGAGUGUCUGAACACUGAUGAUAAGGAAGCAAGUGGGGAAUACUCUUGUGAAGUUUCCAAUGAUGCUGGGAAAGAUACCUGCAAAGCACAAGUGUCCAUCUUAGAACCUCCUUAUUUCAUUGAGAAUUUGGAGCCGAUGGAAGUGACGUCUGGUGAUGCAGUUUGUUUGAAAUGUCACGUCGGAGGAACUCCUGAAAUUAAGGUGGCUUGGUUUAAGGCCGACGGAAAAUUGAGGUCCUCCCCUACUUGCAAAAUAGAGUACUCUAAAGGCAUUGCUUGUCUGAAACUGAGCAAAGCAACCAAGGCUGAUGUUGGUGAAUACACCUGCAAAGCAGAAAGCAGCAUAGGCUCGGCUUCAUCCAGCUGCCGUCUUUCUGUUCAAGAGGCAAAAACGCCACCAACCUUCCCCAAGAAAAUAACCAGUCUCCAACAGACUGUAGGAAUGGCAGUCAGAUUUGAGUGCCGUGUGGCGGGCUCCUCACCCAUUGAGAUCUCUUGGCUUAAAGAUGGAGAAACUGUGAAAUCCAAUGACUAUAUCAUGACUUAUGAUGAUAACACAGCUGUCCUAGAAAUAGCCAGAAGUGAAAUGAGACACUCUGGGGAAUACACUUGUGUUGCUACCAACAGUGUUGGAACUGCUUCCUGCAGAGCCAAACUCAUUCUUCAAGAGCCAAGAUACCCACCUGUCUUUGAUAAAAAGCUAUCUCCCGUGGUGGACAUUUUGGUUGGCGGUAUUGUGGAAUUGGAAUGCCACAUGACUGGAUCUCUGCCAAUAAAAGUCACUUGGUCAAAGGAUCACAAAGCUAUUCGUUCAGGGGGAAAUUACAAGAUGUCCUGCAUUGAUAACACCCCACACCUCACUAUAUUGAAAGCAGAUAAAGCAGACUCUGGCUGCUACUUUUGCCAUGCCACUAAUGACAUUGGGAAAGACUCUUGUUCCACUGAAAUUACUGUCAAAGAACGCAAAAUCCAGCCUACCUUCACCAAAAAGCCUACAGAGACCCUUGAGGAUACAGAGGGCAAGAUGGUGAAGAUUGAAGCACGUGUGGCUGGAUCUCAACCCAUGACUCUUAAUUGGUACAAAGAUGACUGUGAGAUUGACAGCUCUGAUCACUAUGACAUGUCCUUCAAGAGCAAUGUGGCUGUGUUGUGUAUAAAAAGCUCCCAAGUCUCAGACUGUGGAAGGUAUACAUGCAAAGCAACAAAUGAAGCUGGCACUGCCUCUUGUGAAGUCAGAGUUACUAUUACUGAACAAAAGAAACCCCCUAAGUUUGAUCCUGCUCUCAAACCUGUCACACUGAAUGAAGAUGAGAACCUGCAUCUUAGUUGCCAGGUUCAUGGAUCCCCUCCCUUGAAGAUUCAGUGGAUGAAGGACAGGAAGGACUUAAUAAACACUUCUAACAUUAAAAUACAUUUUGACAAUGAUGUUGCCUCCUUGGAGGUCAUGCGCGUAUCAAAGAAUGAUGCAGGGGACUAUCUGUGCAAGGCCACCAAUGAGGCUGGUAGUGAAUUCUGCAAAGCCAAAGUGACAAUCAAAGAAAAAUCCAAGACAGCACCUAAACCCAGUGAAGUGAAACCAACAGCAGCGCCAGAAAAAAAACUGGACAAAUUGUUUUUCAUUGAGGAGCCCAAGCCUUGCCAUGUAACUGAAAAGGGCAUUGCAACGUUCAUCGCCAAAGUUGGAGGUGACCCCAUUCCUAAUGUGAAGUGGAUGAAGGGCAAGUGGAGACAGCUCACUCAUGGUGGUCGCAUCAGUAUUGAGCAGAAAGGCCCGGAUGCCAAGUUGGAGAUCAGAGAAAUAACCAAGUCUGACUCCGGACAGUACAGAUGCGUUGCGUCGAACAAAAAUGGAGAAAUUGAAUGCAGCACAGACAUACAUGUUGAGGAAAAGAAAGAGGUUAUUGGAGUUGAGGGAGACUUCAGAGCAAAACUGAAGAAGACCCCAUCUAAACAGAAGAGUCCUCAGGAAGAGAAAGACAUCGACAUUGUAGAGUUGCUCAGAAAUGUGGACCCUAAGGAGUAUGAGAAGUAUGCCCGCAUGUAUGGAAUCACUGACUACCGUGGACUUCUUCAGGCCAUUGAACAGUUAAAACGGGAGAAAGCAGAAGAAAGUGGAAGACCGGAACCGGAGAGAGAAAGGGAAUCCGAUGAGGAUUUGGCCGCUCUUGUGGCUGAUUUGCAAAAGAGAAUGGAACGUACUGAGCCGGUCACCGUGAAUAAGGACAUAAUGGAUCAAUCUAUAUCCACCAAGAAGACUGCAGUAUUCGAGUGUGACAUCAAGAUUAACUUCCCUGAGAUCACUUUGUCAUGGUACAAGGGAACACACAAGCUUGAGAACAACGAUAAAUAUGAAAUCAGCAUUGUUGGGGACCGUCACAUCUUGAAGAUCAAGAACUGUGAAAUCAAAGAUCAGGGGAACUACCGUGUUGUUUGUGGACCACAUAUCUCCAGUGCCAAACUGACUGUAAUUGAGCCUGAGGUUGAGAAACAUCUUGAAGAAGUUGUGGGUAAGGAAGGUCAAACAUGUAACCUGUCUUGUCAGUUUUCUAUCCCUAAUGUCAAAACACAGUGGUUCAAGAAUGGAAAGCUUUUAGAAAUGAAAGGCAGAUACUCUCAUGAGGUAGUCAACAAGAUUCAGAAGCUCUCAAUUAAAAACCUCAAACCAGAAGACCAAGGAUGUUAUACCUGCAGAUAUGACAACCUUGAAUCAACUGCAGAUUUGUGGGUUGAAGCUGAACAAAUUCACUUCACCAAACGUAUUCAGAACAUUGUGGUGGGUGAACGCCAAGCAGCCACCUUUGAAUGCGAGGUGUCUUUCGACAAUGCAAUUGUUACAUGGUACAAAGACACUUGGGAACUUAAAGAGUGCCCAAAGUAUAACUUCAGAAGCGAAGGCAGAAGACACUUUAUGAUAAUCCGCAAUGUAACCAGUGAUGACGAAGGCGUUUACUCUGUCAUUGUGAGAUUGGAGCCUAGAGGGGAAGCUAAAAGCACAGCUGAACUCUAUCUUUCGGGCAAAGAAAUUGAAUUAGCAAGGGUACCCCAUGAUGUUCCUGAUUCAUCAAUACAAAUGCCUGAUAUGCCAUCUUCAGUUACUCUGAAAGAAUCUUCUCCGUACUAUUAUGAAGAAGAGAUGCAAAUGAGGGAGGUGGAAAUGAGAGAAUAUGAAAUCUGGACAGAAGAGAAAGUAGUACAGAAAAUAUCUACAACCACAGCCCCAAAAGUACCUGUUGAGGAGUCGGUCCAGAGUAUUAAGGUUGGAAUGAGAGAAGAAAUGCCACAAAAAGUGUCUGAAGCAUUCAAGAAACCAGAGGAGAAGGCUAAACCAGCUGUGGCAGCAUCACCUUAUGAAGCCAAAAGGCCAGUGGAUGAGAAGAUAACUGCAAGGGUUGUCCCAGAGGAGAUUCCUUCUCCAAAAGAAGAACAUAAAGAAGCAAUGAAGCCUGUUCAUAAGCCAGCUGAGAAACCUGAACAGAAAGUGUCUGUGUUACCUGAAGAUGUGCCUCAUGUUCCUGAGCCAAAACCAGAGCCAAAAGUUUUACCUGCAGCUAAACUUGAACCUGAACCUAAGGUUUCACCUAUAAAGAAACCAGAGAGUCUACCAUCUAAAGUUCCUGAGGCAGCUAAGAAACCAGAGGCUUCACUACCAGAACUAGAAAAGCCAGCAAGAGUUAAAAAGCCAGAGACACCAUCCACUGUUUUUCCAAUGGAGCGAGAGCCUAGUCCAGCUGCAAAGAUUCUCCCAUCACCAGAAGUGCCAGAAGCACAAAAAAAGCAGGAGGUGUCUCUGCAACAACCAGCUACCAUCCCUCAGAAAAUGGACAAACAAGACAUUAAACCUCAAAUGCAACCUGUACCAGAAAAAGUAGACAAGCAGGAAAGAAAACCAGAACGUGCAAAGGCUACCAGAGAGUCUGAAUCAGUUAUUUUGACUGAAAAGAAGGAUACACCAGAAAAAGUGAUGGAGCCCAAACAAAAACAUUUACCGGUUGAGAAGGUACCUGAGAAAAAACCUUCUGGAAAGGUACCUGUAACUAAACCUAUAAAGGAUAUGGAUGAUGAAAAGGAUGUCCUAACUUCAGAAAUAGAAGUUAUGCCACCAAGAAAAGAAGCUCUUCAUGACACAGUCUCAGCAAAGAAGAAGGAAUCACCUCCACAUUCUGUUGAACCUCUUGCAAAGACAGAUAUCAAAACAGAGUAUAAGCCAGAGAAAGCUGUUGUUGCUGAGCCUCCAAAGCCUGCUGAUCAUCCUGUGAAGAAAGUGGCAAAGCCAGUGCCUGAAACAGUGACUACAAUUGAAUUUAAACCAGAGGUUAAGCCUGAACCUAUGCCAGAAGUUAAGGUAGAGUCCCUUGUAAUGAAACGGACAAAACCAGAGUCUAUGCCAAAACUAGAGACUAAACCAGAGGCUGGACCCUUGCUUAAAUCCAAGCCUAAACCAGAUGAUAAGCCAGAGCGUAAGCCUACAAUAGAAUCUAAACAAGAGCCAAACGCAGAGGUUAGGCUAGAGCCUAAGGCUAGACCAGAUUUUAAGAGAGACAUUAAACCAGAACCUGAGGCAGAGCCAGAGCUUAAGACAGAUGGUAAAACAGUGCCUAAAUCUAAACCAGAGGAUAAACUAGAGAUAAAGGCUAAGCCAGAGCUUUUGCCAAGCAAGAAGGAUGCUACUGUAUCAGUAAAAGAAUCACCUCCAAAGCCUACUGAGACUCUUGUUAAAAAAAUGACCACUCUGGAAAAGACGAGUUUUGCUGGGAAGGUGGAAAUAUCACCCCUGGAGCCUGCUGAGUCUCUUGAAACAAAAGUAGUGAUGCCAGAGUCUAAGCCAAAGACCAAAACAAAGAAGAUGGCUAUUUCUGAAGAGGUGUCUCAUUUAAUACAAGGUGUUGCUCCUGAAAAAGCAAAGAAGAAGGAAACAGUUCCACAACCUGAAGAGCUUCUUGUAAAUAAAUUGCCUAAGCCAGGAACAACAACUAUUGCUCAGGAGAUAAAAUUAACAACUCCAAAAAUGUCUUCGUCGGAGUAUAAACCAAAGAAAGUGAUUGCUGAAGAAGUGGUAAAAUCAGCCCCUAUGCCGACUGAGCCACUGGAUAUUCAAGUAGUAAAACCACAGUUUAAGCCAGAGAUGAAGCCAGAGAUAGCGACUGAGCCAAUGACUAAGCCAGAGAAGACAGCUAUCGCUGACGAUGUUACCAAGAAAGUUCCAGUAACUGAGAAGGAAUCACCUCUGAAGCUUGCUGAGUCUCUUGCAAAGAAAGUUCCUAAACCAGCAAAAACCCUUUUUGCCGAAGAGGUGGAGGCAUCCCUAAAGCCUGCGGAACCACUUCUUAAAAAAGUGUCUUUGCCAGAGUUUAAAUCUGAUCUUAAGUCAGAGCCUAAACCAGAGAAGGCAGUGGCUGAACUUCCAAAGCCAGCAGAGCCGCUUGUGAAGAAAUUAUUUAAGCCAGAGCCUAAGCCAGAGAAGAAGGCUGUUGCUGAAGGGGUCUCUUUAUCAAGUGAAGAUGUCUCUCCCCAAAAAGUAUCAGUAAAGGAGAAGGAAACAUCUCAAAAGCCAACUGAGCUGCUGGCAAAGAAAGCACUUCAAGAUAAGAAAAAGACUACAGAAGUGACAAAGCCAGCCACUCAAGAGCAAGAACAAAAAGUUAUUGAGCCAGGUGAAGGCAAACAGGCACCUGGACCAGCCAAGAAAGUUCUCCGACAAAAAGCUAAAAUUCACCUUGAGGAAGAAGAAACACUUGUGGUGCCAACCUUAAAGAAAACAACCAGGAUAUCCAAAGCCGUAGAGCAAGAACAGGAGAUUGUUGCACUGAAGAAAGUGCCAUCUGUCCCAGUUGAAGAAAUGCCAGCUGUGCCAAAGAAACCACCUCCAAAAAUUAUGAAGCAUACAAUCCAUGAUUUUAAAGAAAGACAGUAUGAAGAAGGUGAAGUACCAAUAAUUGAAAAUUAUGAGGCAGAGCAAAAGGCACCUAAAGAAACUGAAUCAAAGGAGGACAAAUGGUUUUGCACCCCCAUUCCCACAGAUGAAACAGAAGACGAAAUAAUUACUUUAAAGCAAGCUCCCAAGGACAUGAAAGAAGAUACACCAACUGACCCCAGUUUAGUUAAAAAGAAAGUGUCUAGAUUGCCAUCAGAUGAAAAACAAGAGGAAACUGUGAAGUUAAAACCAUUCCAAAAAUUUGCUAAGGUAGGGACUGUUGAACCAGAGAAGGACAAGGAUAAAGUCAAAGAAUUUGUGGCUGCUAAGAUUGGUGAGAGACACCCAAAAGACGAACACAUAAAAGCACCUUUUGAUCAUAAGAAAGCUGAUAAAGUUCAUAGUCCUACUGAAGAGCCACAAGCAAUCAAAUUAAAACCACUGGCCAAAGAUUCUGAAGAUGUCCAGGAUUUAGAAAAACCACUGAUAAAGGCGAAGAGGAUUCCAACACAAGAGGAAGAGAAGAAAGAAGUUAAAUUGAAGCCAAUUGCAACAUCACCUAAAGAGACAUAUGAAGCAGUAAAGCCUGAAAAGAAAGAAGAAAAAAUCACACAAAUAAAGCCCAGUCCUCCAAAGACAACACCGAUUAAAAAAAUGGAAAAGAGUCCUCCAGUGGAAAGUCCAGUACAGCUAAAAAAGGUUGAGCAUGUGCCAAAAGAACCAGAGGACAAAGAAAAAGACACGCCCUUAAAGCAUGAAGAUACACUUAAAAGAAGGGUGGAACUUAAAAAGACGCCCUCACCUAAGGUUGAAAAACCAAAGCCAAAAGAAAUAGAAAAAAUUGUUAUGGAAAGAAAGCCCAGUGCAGAACGGACCAAAAAGCUGCCCAAAGAAGUUUCACCAAAAGUCUCAGUUGAAAGUGUUACCCUCAAAAAGGUGCCGAAAAAAUCACCACAAGAGGAAACUGAUGUCACACCGCCGAAGAAGGUACCAGCAAUUAAAGAGCUUUCCCCUAAAGUUGUACAGUUACGGAAGAUCUCGACUCAACUGGAGGAGGAAGUCUUUGAGGAGGAGCCAGAGGUUGAGGAGGAAUCUGACAAUGAAGAGUGGGGAUGGGAACUUGUCCCUCGUGACAGUCCUGCAUCCACUGAAGACUGGGGAGAGGAAGGUGAUGCACUUGAGACCCCUGGAAUGCUAAGACGAGAUGGGAAGCCAGCAGAAGAAGUAGGUGAAGGCAGAGGUCGAGGCAGAGGUCUACGAGCAGGCAAAACCCCAUCCCCAGGUGAAGGCAGGGGUAGAGGACUAAGACCCGGUGGUGGAGGUGACAAACCACCAGAUGCUAAUCCUUUCGGAUUCCAGCUCAAAGCAGUUCCACUGAAGUUCACAAAACCACUUAAGGACAUUGUGUUACAAGAAGGUGACGCCGUCGGCGCUUCUGCGACAUUUGAGUGUGAAGUUUCACCUUCUACUGCAGUAACUACAUGGAUGAAAGAUGGCAGCAACCUGAGAGAGAGUCCAAAACACAAGUUCACCUCUGAUGGCAAAGAUCGCAAACUGGCUAUUAUUGACGUCCAACUGGUGGACACUGGUGAAUAUACUUGUGUGGCCAAGCUGGGCAACAAGGAAAAGACAACCACCGCCAAACUGAUAGUAGAAGAAUUGCCUGUAAAAUGGGUGAAGGAGCUGGAAGAGGAGACAUCAGUAUUGAAGGGGCAGCCUAUGUACCUGACCUGUGAGUUAAACAAAGAGAGAGAAGUUACCUGGAUGAAGAACGGAAAGGUCCUUAAAGUAAUCCCUGGAAAAGUGGCCAUCAACGUCAUUGGAAUGCAACAAGCCAUUACUAUCCAGAACACAGAAAAUGACGAUGCUGGGAUCUAUGCAUGCGAGUGUGAACUCAUCAGGACUAAAACGACUGUCAAAGUUAUUGAAAUAAUCAGAGACUGGUUAGUGAAACCUUUGAGAGAUCAGCAUGUUAAACCCAAGGCUGCUGCCACCUUCAAGUGUGAACUCUUUAAAGAAACCCCCAACUGGAAAUGGUUCAAAGGGGACGAAGAGAUUACAAAUGAUCCCACCGACAAGACUGAAGUCAAGAAAGAAGGAAAAGUCCUGACACUCACUGUUAAGAAUGCACAGCCCGAUGACAUUGCAGAAUAUUCCAUGGAGGUUGAAGGCCAGAGAUACUCAGCUAAACUGACUCUUGCAGAACGUGAAGCUGAGAUUUUGAAGCCUCUCUCCAGUAUGGAGGUGGUUGAAAAAGAAGAUGUCACAUUUGAAACUGAGAUAUCUGAAGAUGAUGUGCCUGGAGAAUGGAAACAUAAAGGGCAGGUCUUAACAAGAUCACCGACCUGUGUGAUAACAAUGGAGGGCAAUAAACGCUUCCUUACUCUGAAGAAUGUUCCACUUGAAGCAUCUGGUGAAGUGUCGUACACCGCUCUGAAUGCUGUCACUAGUGCUGUACUUACAGUCAAGGAACUGGAAACGGACUUCACUGUCCCCUUAAAGGACGUGUCUGUACCUGAAAAGAAACAGGCUACUUUUGAAUGUGUUAUCAAUAAGGAUGUGCCUAAAGUCAUGUGGUUUAAGGGUUCUGACACUAUUGGUACAUCAGACAAGAAAUAUGAAAUGAUCGAUGAUGGAAGAAAACAUUUGUUGGUCAUUAACAACUGUGAGUUUGAUGAUGAGGGAAAUUACACUAUUGAAACCUCAGGCAAAAAGUCAACUGCUAAACUCUUUGUGGAGGGUAUAAGGCUCAAAAUUGAAUUACCACUUCAGGACCAAACUGAGAAGGAAGGUAAUACUGCUCGGUUUGAACUUGAGCUAUCUCAUGAGAAUGUACCUGUGACAUGGUACAAAAACGAUGUCAAACUCCAUGUGAGCAGAACUGUGCUUAUCUAUAGCCGUGGAAAAAAGCAUAUCUUAGAAAUCAAGGAGUUGACUUUAGAUGAUAUCUGCCAGAUUAAGGCAGAGGCUAAAGGAAUUCUCUCAAUGGCGAACCUGACAGUGAUAGAGGGUGACGCAUACUUCGUAGUGAAGUUGCAGGAUUAUACUGCUGUUGAGAAAGAUGAAGUCACUCUGGACUGUGAACUCAGCAAAGAUGUCCCAGUCAUGUGGUACCAUAAUGACAAUGAAAUUAAGGCCUCUAAAAUGGUAACCAUAAGGACUGAAGCAAAUCGAAGAAUGUUGUCUAUUAAGAAAGUGGAGGACAGAGAUAAGGGACAAUACAUAUGUGAUUGCGGAACUGAUAAAACCAUGGCAAAUAUUAACAUAGAGGCUCGAGAUAUAAAGAUAAUUCGCCCAAUGUAUGGCGUUGAGGUCUUUGAUGGCGAAACAGCGCGUUUUGAGGUAGAAAUCUCUGAAGAUGAUGUCCACGGCCAGUGGAAACUAAAUGGAGAAGUCCUUACUCAAUCCCCUGAUGUUGAAAUAAUUGAGGACGGUGCAAAGCAUACACUUAUAUUGUACAACCUCAAAGCCCCCUUGUUGGGGGAGAUUGGAUUUACAGCUGCUAAUGCUAAAUGUGUUGCUAAUCUGAAAGUGAAAGAGAGUCCGAUUAUAUUUAUCACACCUUUGAGUGAUGUGCUAGUGUAUGAAAAGGAUGAGGCCAGAUUUGAUUGUGAGGUUUCAAGGGAGCCCAAGAGCUUCAGCUGGCUCAAGGGAUCCCAUGUGUUGACGGCUGAUGAUAAGUUUGAUAUUGUCCAUGAGGGAAAAAGACACACUCUGGUGGUCAAAUCGGCUGCAUAUGAUGAUGAAGCUAAGUAUAUAUUUGAGGCAGAGGACAAGAGAACCACAGGCAAACUAGUUAUCCAAGGAAUUCGCCUUGAGUUUGUCAAACCAAUUCAGGAUGUCACUGUCAAGGAGCGUGAGACAGCUGAGUUCAAUGUUGAACUCUCACAUGACAACAUCCAGGUGGUCUGGUUCAAGAACGAUGUGCGUUUGCAUCCCAGCAAAGUUGUGCACAUGUCAGACGAUGGCAAGAUGCACAAAUUGACCUUCAAAGAGGUGUCAAUUGAUGACACAGCCAUAAUCAAAGUAGAGGCCUUGGGCAAAAGCUCAGAGGCCAUGCUCACAGUCCUUGAUGGAAAGCCUUACUUCACAACAAAACUGCACGACUAUUCGGUCACAGAGAAGGAUGAACUGGUGAUGGUUUGUGAACUGAGCAAGCCCAACGCAGAGGUGAAAUGGUUCAAAGGUAACCAGCAGAUCACUACCUCCAAGAACGUGGUCAUCAAAGCCGAUGGAAAGAGGCGUAUGCUGAUCAUAAAGAAGACGGAGAAAGCGAACAUUGGCGAAUACACCUGUGAUUGUGUAUCGGACAAAACCACGGCCAAUGUCAACAUCGAAGAGCGCGACAUUAAGGUUGUCAAGCCCCUCUACAGCGUAGAAGUGACCGAAACUGAAAUUGCGAAGUUUGAGACCGAGAUUUCUGAGGAUGAUGUUCAUGGUCACUGGAAACUCAAGGGAGAGGCCCUUCAUCAGUCUCCUGACUGUGAGAUUAAGGAAGAGGGUACAAGGCAUGUGAUGAUCCUGUACAAUGUUCGGAAGGAUCAGGCUGGAGAAGUUGACUUCCAAGCUGCCAAUGCUAAAUCCAGUGCUCAUCUAAGAGUUAAAGCCCGGGUAAUCGGCCUACUGCGGCCUCUCAACGAUGUUACUGUUACUGCUGGGGAGACGGCCACCUUCGAAUGUGAACUGUCAUAUGAAGGGAUCGAUGUGGAAUGGUUCCUUGGGGGUACAAAACUGGAGCCAAGUGAGAGAGUGGUCACCCGAGCAGAAGGCAAAACUCACACCUUGACUCUAAGAGAUGUCAAGAUUUCUGAGGCUGGGGAAGUUAAACUCACUGCAAAGGAUUUCCAAACUGACGCCAGACUACAUGUGAAUGAGCCUCCUGUGGAGUUUACAAAGCCUCUGGAAGACCAGACAGUUGAAGAAGAAGCUACUGCGAUUUUAGAGUGUGAAGUCUCCAGAGAAAACGCUGAGGUCUUGUGGUUCCAAGACUCACAGGAGAUCCGCAAAACUAAGAAAUAUGACAUUGUUGCUGAGGGCUGCAAGAGAAGGCUUAUCAUUCAUGGCUGCACUCUUGAUGAUUCUAAAACAUAUACUUGCGAUGCCUCUGAAUUCAAAACAUCUUGCUUCCUUAACGUUGAACCACCACAUGUUGAGUUCUCUAAGCCCCUCCAUGAUGUUGAGGUCAAAGAAAAGGAAUCUGCUCGAUUUGAAUGUGAAGUGUCUCGCGAAGAUGCUAAGGUCCGUUGGUUGAAGGACGGCAUUGAAAUCAGAAAAGGAAAGAAAUAUGAAAUCAUUGCUAAAGGUCGCCAACAUGUCCUUAUCAUCCACAAAUCAGUGUUUGAUGAUGAAGCAGAAUAUGAAUGUGACGCAAAGGUGUCCAAAUCCUCUGGCAUGCUGACAGUAGUUGAGGAAGAAGCUAGGUUCACCCGAAACCUGAGCAACGUGGAGGGAACCGAAACUGACAGUGUGAAGCUGAUUUGUGAAGUGUCCAAAGCCGAUGCUGAUGUCACGUGGUACAAGGGAGAACAGGAACUGCCCGAGGGAGGAAAAUAUGAUCAAAUUGUAGAUGGCAGAAAGAGGAUACUCAUCAUACAUGAUCUCAAAACAGAUGAUGCUGGAGAGUAUCAUUGCAAACUGUCCAAAUCAGCGACAACGGGAAACCUGAAAAUAAAUGAACUGGCUGCUGAAUUCAUCUCCAGGCCUCAGAGUCAGGAAGUAGUUGAGGGAGAAAAGGCAGAGUUCUUCUGCUCAGUCUCCAAAGACACAUUUACUGUCAAAUGGAUGAAGAAUGACCAGGAGCUAGAAACAGGGGAUAAGUAUGACAUUGUAUGUGAUGGCAAGAGAAGAAUACUUGUUAUCAAGAACUCUGAACUCAAGGAUGAGGGAGCCUAUAUUGCCCUUAUUGGCACCACAAGAGCUGCAGCUGACCUGACUGUUCUUGAAAAACUCAGGAUCCUUACACCAAUCAAAGAUACUGAAGCCCCCGAGGGACAGGAGAUUGUUUUCAACUGUGAGGUGAACACUGAAGGAGCUAAAGCCAAGUGGCUGAAGAAUGACGAGACCAUGUUUGAGAGCAGCAAGUUUGUCAUGAUCCAGAGAGACAAUGUGUUCUCUCUGAGGAUCAAGGAUGCUGAGAAAUCAGAUGAAGGAAACUAUACUAUUACACUGACUAACAACCGUGGAGAACAUGCUAAGAGCUCUGGAAAACUUACCGUGAAAGAGGAGAGCCUGAAGAUCACUUUACCUCUUGAAGACUGUGACACACAGGAAAAGAAGACUGUUAGCUUCUCUUGCAAAGUCAACAGGCAGAAGGCUACUCUGAAAUGGAUGAAGGCUGGUCAGGAGAUCACCUUCAACAAACGCGUCGUCUACAGGGUGGACCAAUACAAGCACACACUGACCAUCAAGGACUGCACCCUUGCUGAUGAGGGUGAAUACACAGUCAUUGCUGGUGAUGACAAAUCUACAGCUGAGCUGAUAAUCAGUGAGGCCCCUACAGACUUCUCCGCACAACUCAAAGACCAGACUAUACCAGAAUUUGAGGACGCUGAGUUUACCUGCAAACUCACUAAGGAGAAGGCUGAGGUUAAAUGGUAUAGGAACGGACGUGAGAUCAGAGAGGGACCCAGAUACAUCUUUGAAAAAGAGGGCAAGACAUGCAGGCUGCGCAUCAAGGAGUGCAGGCUAGAUGAUGAGUGUGAAUAUUCCUGUGGCGUUGAUGAGAGGAAAUCACAUGCCCAUCUCUUCGUUGAAGAGAGUGCAGUUGAGAUUGUCAGGCCUCCACAGGAUGUGUUUGAGCCACCAGGCUCAGAUGUUGUAUAUGAAGCUGAGCUCAACAAAGACAGAGUCGAGGUGAAAUGGUUGAGGAACAACAUGACCAUUGUCCAGGGUGACAAGUACCAGAUGAUGAGUGAGGGCAAAGUCCACAGACUCCAGGUGUGUGAGAUAAGGCCUCGUGACCAGGGAGAGUACAGAAUCAUCGCCAAAGACAAGGACGCCAGAGCCAAGCUAGAACUGGCUGCUAAGCCAAAUAUCAAGACUUUGGAUCAGAGCUUAGAAACAGAUGCUGGAAAGCCCAUCGUCAUGUUCGUGCCCUACAGUGCAUAUCCACAAGCUGAGGCUGAGUGGUUCUAUGAUGACAUUAGUCUACCCAAGGACAACAUCCACACCACUGGUGACAGGACAGAGUAUAGGCUAAAGGACCCAAGGAAGUCUGACCAAGGACGUUACAAAGUUAUCAUCAAGAACAAACACGGACAGGCAGAAGCAUUUAUCAAUCUGGAUGUCAUUGACGUCCCCGGACCUGUGAAGAACCUUGCAGUUGUGGACACAGCUGAUGGUGAGGUCAGCCUGGGCUGGGAGGAGCCAGAGAGCGACGGUGGCAGCAAGAUUGUUGCAUACGUGGUGGAGAGGCGUGACGUCAAACGCAAGACAUGGACCCUUGCCACUGACCACUCUGACUCCCCAGAAUUCACUGUAACUGGACUCCAAAGGGAAUCUAUGUACCUAUUCCGUGUUUGUGCUCGCAACAGAGUUGGCAGUGGACCAAUGGUUGAGACAGAGAAACCUGGUGUUUAUGCUAAGAACAAGUUUGAUGUUCCUGAUCCGCCUCAGGAUGUGAUGGUUGGAAAUGUGAAUAAGUUUGGAGCCACGGUCUCCUGGGAAAAACCAGUAUCUGAUGGAGGGGCUGAGAUCACAUCCUACAUCAUCGAGUCCCGUGAUAGGACCUCUGUGAAGUGGGCCGUGACUAUGAUUGCUAAAGCAACAGACCGCAGUGCAAUCAUCAAUGACGUCAUUGAGAACAAGGAAUACAUCUUCCGUGUCAAAGCUGAAAACAAGGCUGGCAUUGGCAAACCAAGUGCUGCAACCAAUCCAGUGAAGAUCAUGGACCCCAUUGAGAGGCCAAGCCCACCAUUGAAUCUGAUUCAUUCGGACCAGAACAAAAACUCAGUUCAGUUGACAUGGGAGACUCCAUUGAAUAAUGGAGGCAGCAUGAUCACUGGCUACAUCAUUGAGAGAUGUGAGGAUGGAACUGACCACUGGCUCAGAGUCAAUGCUAGGCUCUGCCAGGAUCUCACCUACAAGGUGUCUGGCCUGAUAUAUGGAAAGAUUUACAACUACAGAGUGUUUGCUGAGAAUGCUGCUGGAGUGUCUGACCCAUCCAAAACUCUGGGACCAAUCCUUGCUGAUGAUACACAUGUUGGACCCACAAUGGACCUUAGUGGAUUCAAGAAUGGCCUUGAGGUCAUUGUUCCCAAUCCCCUUACUAUCCGUGUACCUAUCUCUGGAUAUCCCACACCACUCGCAAAGUGGAGUUUUGCUGAUAAGGAACUUACUGCUGGUGAUCGUGUGUCCAUGAUUACAAGGAGUACAUACGUGGAACUGACCGUAACUCCAAGUGUGCGCCCUGACAGAGGUUUAUAUGCUCUGACCCUGGAGAAUGAUGUAACUACUUGCUCAGGAGAGAUUGAAGUCAAUGUUAUUGCAUCCCCAAGUGCCCCCAAAGACUUCAAGGUUGCUGAGGUUACCAGAGAGCACGUGCACCUGAUGUGGGAGCCACCAGAGCAUGAUGGAGGAAGUCCUUUGAUUGGCUACCAGAUAGAGAAACGUGAUGCGUCCCGUAAGACCUGGGUGAAGGUGAUAACUGGUGUUCAAGACCAGGAGUUUACUGUCACAGAUGUUGUUGAGGGCAAAGAGUAUCUGUUCAGGGUUACAGCCUGCAAUAAAUGUGGCCCAGGAGAGCCUGCCUACAUUGAUGAUCCAGUAAAUGUGUCCUCACCUGCCACUGUGCCAGACCCACCUGAGAAUUUGAAAUGGAGAGACAAGUCAGCGUCUGGUAUUUUCCUGACCUGGGAGCCACCCAAGUGGGAUGGCGGCACCGCAAUCAAGGGCUACAACAUAGAAAAGUGCCAGCGUGGCACAGAUAGAUGGGAGCCCUGCGCAGAUCAGGUCCCUGAGUUGAAAUUGCAAGUAACUGGUCUGAUUGAGGGACAGUGGUAUGCCUAUCGUGUGAGGGCUUUGAACAGAUUAGGUGCCAGCAGUCCCUGCAAGGCUACAGAUGAGAUAUUGGCUGUUGAUCCUAAAGAACCACCAGAGAUUCUUCUGGAUGCCAAGAUUCUUGCUGGAUUGACCGCCAAAGCUGGAUCAAAGAUUGAGCUUCCAGCUGAUAUUCUUGGAAAGCCCAUACCUAAAGUGAAAUGGACCAAGGGUGAUGUGGUCCUAAAGGGAGAUGAUAAAGUCUCUAUUGAAGACAAGCCUGGUCACUCUGUCCUUAAAAUUAACAAGACAACAAGAGAAGACACAGCUACCUACAUCAUCGAAGCCCAAAACAGCUCUGGCCGUGCUACUGCCACAGUUGAUGUCAACAUUCUAGAUAAGCCUGGUCCUCCAGCUGCUUUCGAUAUCUCUGAGAUCACCAACCACUCUUGUUUCCUGGCCUGGAACCCUCCCAGAGAUGAUGGAGGUGCAAAGAUCACCAACUACCUUGUGGAGAGGAGAGCUGCAGAUAGUGAGAUCUGGCAUAAGCUCUCCUCCACUAUCAAAGAGACAAACUACAAAGCCCUGAACUUGACAGCCUUCAAGGAUUACGUCUUCAGAGUGUUUGCUGAGAAUCAGUUUGGAAUUGGUGUCCCAGCACAACAUGACCCAAUUGUUGCCAAAUACGCCUUCGAUUCCCCUGGUGCACCAACCAAGCUGGAGCCCUCUGAUAUUGUUAAAGAUGGCCUGACUCUGAAUUGGUAUGAGCCUGAAGACGAUGGUGGCAGUCCUAUUACUGGAUACUGGGUUGAGAGGUUUGAAUCUGACCAGGAUAGAUGGAUCAGAUGCAACAAGAUUCCAAUCAAAGACACAACAUACAGAGUCAAAGGACUAGCUACAAGGAAGAAGUAUAAGUUCAGAGUCUUGGCUGAGAAUCUUGCAGGACCUGGAAAACCAAGCAAGGAAACUGACCAGAUCUUGGUCAAGGAUCCUAUUGAUCCACCAUGGGCUCCUGGUAAGCCAACCGUCAAAGAUGUAGCCAAGACCACUGCUUUCCUGCAGUGGACCAAGCCUGAGCAUGACGGUGGCGCGAAAAUCGAGGGCUACAUCGUUGAGCUCCUGAAGAGUGGAACUGAGCAAUGGAUCCGUGUUUCAGAAGGAAUCAGUUUCCUGGAGUACUUUGUCAAGGGCCUGAUGGACCGACAAGAGUACUCCUUCAGGGUUAUUGCUGUCAACAUGGCUGGGGAGAGUGAACCCAGUGAGCCCAGUGAUCCAGUUCUGUGCAAGGAGAGACUCAAUCCUCCUUCACCCCCUCGCUGGAUACAGGUCAGCGAUGUCACCAGGAACAGCGCUGAGCUGAAGUGGACCGCACCAGAGAAGGAUGGUGGAUCACCUAUUACCAACUACAUCGUUGAGAAGAGGGACGUCAGGCGUAAGGGCUGGCAGACAGUGGACACCACUGUGAAGGAGCUGAAGUACACCGUCACUCCCCUCAACGAGGGCUCUCUCUAUGUGUUCCGUGUGGCUGCUGAGAACGCUGUCGGACCCAGUGAAUUCUGUGAACUGGAAGAUUCCAUUCUGGCUAAAGAUACUUUCACAACCCCUGGGCCACCAUACAAUCUGUCUGUCGAUGGAGUGUCAGUGAGACAUGUUGACCUGCUAUGGGACGCCCCAAAGAAUGAUGGUGGCAGACCAAUUCUAAGAUACUCCAUAGAGAAGAAGGAGAAACUGGGCACCCGCUGGGUGAAGUGUGGUAAGACCUCGGGUGCUGACUGUAAGUACAGGGUGACAGACGUCAUUGAAGGAACCGAGGUUCAGUUCCAAGUCCGUGCUGAGAAUGAGGCUGGUGUUGGACAUCCCAGUGAAUCGACAGAAAUCAUUGCUAUUGAAGAUCCAACAGGUGUACCCUCUCCUCCCAUUGAGCUUCAUAUCACUGAAGCCAGCAGGGAACAUUUGAGUAUUGCUUGGAGACCACCAGAGAGAACAGGCGGCAGCGCUGUAACUGGCUACCAUAUUGAGCUCUGUGAGGCUGGCACCGAGAAGUGGAUGAGAAUCAACUCUCGUCCAGUCAAGGAGCUCAAAUAUACUACAGAGGAGGGCAUCAUCCCUGAUAAACAAUACGUUCUGAGAGUCCGUGCCAUCAACUCUGUUGGUGUUAGUGAGCCAUCUGAUAUCUCAGAGAAUGUCUAUGCAAAGGAUUCUGAUUGCAACCCAACACUGGAGUUCCAGACAAAGGACAUUGUAAUUGUUGAGGGAGAGAAGUGGCAUCUUCCCAUCCCAUUCAGAGCAGUACCCAGCCCAAAGAUCACCUGGCACAAAGAUGGCAAAGAGCUGAAGGAAGAUGACAGAUUAAGUUUCAAACAGGAGUACCUCUGCUGCCACCUGGAGAUUGAGAGUUGUCUGCACUCAGAUGCUGGCCAGUAUAAGGUCACGCUGGAGAACUCUCUAGGAGCUAGCAGUGGAACAAUCAACGUUAAAGUUGUUGGUCUUCCUGGUCCCUGCAAAGAAAUUGUUGCCAGUGAAAUUACCAAGAGUUCUUGUAAGGUUUCCUGGGAUCCUCCCAACUAUGAUGGUGGGAGUCCUGUUCUCCACUAUGUUCUACAGCGCAGAGAGGCCGGCAGGAGGACCUACGUUAACAUGAUGUCAGGAGAAAACAAAGUCAGCUGGCCUGUCAAGGAUCUGAUCCCCAAUGGAGAGUACUAUUUCCGGGUCAAAGCUGUCAACAAGAUUGGUGGUGGAGAGUACAUUGAGCUCCGCAAUCCUGUAAUCGCAGAGGAUCAAAAGCAUGCCCCUGACCCUCCAUUGGAUGUUGAGACCCACAACCCCACUUCCAGCACAAUCACACUCACAUGGAAACCUCCUAUGUAUGAUGGGGGAUGCAAGAUUAUGGGCUACGUCCUGGAGAAGAUGAUGAAGGGUGAGGAAAACUUCACAAGAUGCAACGACUUCCUUGUGCCUGUGUUGUCCUACACUGUGAGGAAUCUCAAGGAGGGAAAGCAGUACCAGUUCCGUGUGCGAGCUGAGAACGCUGCUGGAGUCAGUGACCCAUCACGUAGCACACCAAUGGUGAAGGCUUCUAAUGCUGUUGAACCACCCAAGGUGUUCCUUAGUGGAAGCCUGCAGUCUGGUCUGAACAUCAAGAGAGGUGCUGAGAUUAGACUGGAAGCCAACGUCUCUGGAUCGCCAUACCCUCAGAUCACAUGGUAUAGGAAUAAUGUGAUCAUCAGACCUGAAGCCAUGAAGAAGAGACCAGAGAAACCCGCUAAGAAGAAGGAGGUGAAGAAGGAGGAAAAGAAGGAAGUGAAGGAUGAUGAAGUAAAGGAGGGUGAAAAGAAGGAGAAAGAAGUCGAGAAGAAGGUCAAGGAGGGAGAGGUUGAGGCCCCAGCUACAGAGCCUGCCCGUGAGGAGGUUCAGGAGGAGGAGCUUCCUGACUACCCAACCCUCCAGGAGCGUCUCACCAUCCAUGACCAAACAAGGGGUGAAUCUUCUUGCAUUGUCAGAGACACCAUCAGGGGUGACCACGGAGUGUACACUAUCAAAGUUGAGAACGAUCAUGGAACUGCUUCUGCAUCUUGUGAAGUCAAUGUGCUAGAUACACCUGGGCCUGCAGUCAACUUCAGAUUUGAGGAAGUCAGGAAGAACUCAAUCAUCUGCAAGUGGGAUCCUCCAAUCGAUGAUGGUGGCAGUGAAAUCCUGAACUAUACCUUGGAAAGAAAGGACAACUCCAAGGUUGAAAUUGGAUGGAUCUCUGUGACCUCAACACUCAGGGGAUGUAGAUACCCUGUGACCAAACUGAUAGAGAAAAAGGAAUACAUCUUCCGAGUUGUUGCUGAAAACAAGUUUGGCCCUGGACCCCCAUGUGUUUCCAAGCCAGUUAUUGCCAAAAAUCCAUUUGACCCACCAGAGGCUCCUGAGAAGCCCGAGAUUGACAGCAUCACAGCCCACUCAAUGCUGGUCACCUGGGAGGAGCCUAACGACAUGGGUAGCCCAAUCCUGGGUUACUGGGUGGAGCGGCGCGAGAUUAACAGCACCCACUGGGCCAGAGUCAACCGAGUCAUUGUGCCAGAUAAAGAAUUAGAUGUGGAAGGUCUAAUAAACGGUCAGACAUACAUCUUCAGGGUGGCUGCUGAAAACCAAGCUGGGCCUGGGAAGUUCAGCAUCCCAUCUGAUCCCAUGACAUGCCAAAAUCAAAUCUUGCCACCUGGGCCGCCAUUCCCAAGAGUUGUUGACACCACCUCAUGUUCCAUUGAAGUGGAAUGGGACCCCCCUACCUCCAACGGAGGUGGAGACAUCCUGGGAUACCAUGUUGACAAGACCCUGGCAGGCUCCAAUGACUGGUCUCGGGCCACAGAGAGACCCUGGAAGACCCGGGCUUUCACUAUUUAUGGAGUCAGAGAGGGAGCGAAGUAUCUGGUUCGUGUGAUCGCUGUCAAUGGAGCUGGGGAAGGAACUCCUGGCUUGACUGAUGCCGUUUUUGUCAGAGAUCCUAAAGAGGCUCCAGUGGUGGAACUGGAUAUCACUGUCAGAAACGGUGUAGUGGUCAGAGCUGGGGAACCACUGAUUCUCCCUGCCACAGUCACUGGUAAGCCUCCUCCAUACAUCAAAUGGACCAAAGAUGACAGACAGCCGGACAAAGACCACGUCCAGAUAGAAGAAAGUGGAAUAGAUAGCGUUCUCACUAUCAAGGCCACCACAAGACAGGAUCCAGGCAAAUACCAGAUCCAGGCUAAGAACAACAGCGGUGUCAAGUCUGCAUGGACAAGGGUUGAAGUCGUGGAUGUUCCCGGGCCCGUGCUGGACCUGAAACCGGUUGUGGUAACAAGGAAGCUGAUGAUUCUGAACUGGUCUGACCCUGAAGACGAUGGCGGUAGUGAUCUGACUGGAUUCAUAAUUGACAGAAAGGAGCCCAAGAUGCACACAUGGAGACAACCCAUCGAGACACUGUCAUCCAAGUGUGAGAUUGUGGGUAUUACUGAAGGACAGGAGUACACCUUCAGGGUCGUGGCAAAAAACAAGUAUGGCUGUGGAGCUCCUGUUGAGCUGGGCCCUAUUCUUGCAGUGGAUCCCAAAGCUCCACCGGGUUCACCUGAGAGGUUCCACUACACAGAGAGGACAAAGACAUCUGUCAGCCUUGCCUGGAGACUUCCCCGCAAUGAUGGAGGCAGUCCAAUAGUGGGCUACUUUGUUGAGAAGAAGAAGCACGAUGCCACUGCAUUUGAGCCUUGUAACACAGAGAUCUGCAAGGACCUCUUCAUGACUGUUGAGAACCUUGAGGAGCUGAUUAUGUAUGAGUUCCGUGUCAAGGCUGUCAAUUUGAUUGGGCCAGGUGACUUUGGAAUUCCACUCACUGUCGUCAUUCAAGAUGAUGAAGUUCCCCCUACUCUGAGGAUGUUAAAAACUUUCAAGAGAGAUACCAUCACCAUCAAGAAGGGAGAGCCUUUUGAAAUUCCUGCUGAGGUGACUGGUCUUCCAAUGCCCAAGAUUGAAUGGUUGAAGGAUGAGGUGAUCAUUACAGAACCCACUGAGACUCUAUUGAUGGAGACCAAGGUGAUCAACAGAACUCAGUCCGACACCAAACUCAGUGUCCCCGCAGCAGCAAGACUUGACAAAGGCGUCUAUACAUUGUCUGCCUCCAACCGCCUUGGAACAGCAAGUCAUACCAUCACGGUUUAUGUUUUAGACCGUCCCCUCCCACCAAGGAAUUUGAAAAUUGGUAAAAUUAAGGCUGAGUCCUGCCAGCUGACCUGGGACGCUCCAGCGGACGAUGGAGGAAGUGAGCUCACAAACUACAUAGUUGAGAAACUGGACAUUCUUUCUGAGGAAGAACCUGAAGAAGAAUAUGAGGAUGAGGAUGAGGAUGAACCUAGACCUAAGCGUGAGCCCAGGCCCAUUCCUGUGUGGACGGUGAUCAACGACAGCAUCAUUGAAAAACGACUUGGGGUUUGGAAUUUGGAAACUGGUAGCCAAUGCCAGUUCAGAGUGAAAGCAGAGAACAAGUAUGGGAAGAGUAACGCCUGUGAGACUGAGGCAGUCAUUAUCAAGGAUCUGUAUGGACUACCUGGUCCUCCAGAGAAACCGAAGGUUGCCGAGCACUCCAGGUCCUCCAUGCUUGUGACAUGGAAACCUCCAAGAGACGAUGGUGGAUCCAUGAUCACUGGCUAUUGGCUGGAGAAGAGGGAGAAAGGUUCAUCUUAUUGGUCCCGGUGUAAUAAGGUCCCAGUGACCAAGCGUGGCCCUAAGGGCUGGGAGUUCCAGGUCGUUCGUAUGAUCGAAGGGUCUGCUUAUGAGUUCCGUGUCAUGGCUGUCAAUAUCGCUGGUAUUGGACCCCCCAGUGGACCUUCUGAUCCUGCAUACGCAGUAGACCCCAUUAUGAAACCUGGCAUGCCAGCUGCACCAGUGGUUGCAGACAAAAACAAGCACAGUGUGACCCUUACAUGGUCUCCACCUGAGAAUGACGGUGGAAGCCCCAUCAAGGGUUACAUUGUUGAAAUCCAAGAAGAAGCCUCCUCUGUCUGGAACAGGAUGACCGAUCUAGAUUCUCUGCAUGAGACCACUGAAAUUACUGUCCCAGGUCUCAAAGAGCUGAAACACUACAAGUUCAGAGUCACAGCUGUCAAUGACAUGGGCGAGUCUGACCCAAGUCCCAAGACUGAAGUCCUAAUUGAGGAUGUGAUUGCGCCACCUAUGAUCACUAUUGAUUGCAUUGUGGAAGAUUUACUUUGUGUCCGGGCUGGGGAUACCUUCAAAAUCCCUGCCAUCAUCAAAGGGCGUCCUGUUCCCAAGGUUACCUGGGAAUUUACUGGACCAGCAAAGACCCACAAGAAGAAUCGCCUUCAUGUGCUUCCAGUUGACUCAGAGGUUGAGUCUACUGAUACGACCUCAAUCGUUACUGUACCUGUGAGCUUGAGGUCACACUCUGGAAGAUACACCAUCACAGCCAAGAACAAAUCUGGACAGAAACAUGUCAAUAUCCAAGUUAAUGUUCUGGAUGUCCCUAGUGCUCCUAGAGAGCUCAGAGUGACUGACAUCACCAGAUCUACCAUGAGACUGAUCUGGAAACUGCCUGCUAAUGAUGGCGGAGAGAGGAUCAAGAGUUACUUUAUUGAGAAGAAGAAUGUGGCAGGAAAAGCCUGGACAGUAGUAAACCAGUGCUGUUUCAGUCAGGCCUAUGUUGUGGAUGGACUCCUGGAGGGACAGGAGUAUUUGUUCCGUGUGCGGGCUGAGAACCGCCUGGGAAUGGGACCCUUGACUGAGACCACUGAACCUGCUAGGGCAAGGGACCCCAUCUACAUACCUGAUCCCCCAACCCACGUCAAGGUCAAUCUAGUCACCAAGGAUACAGUGACCCUGACAUGGGUGCCACCCAAGAACAACGGUGGCUCUCCCGUAAAGCACUACAUCAUUGAGCGCCUGAGCUGGGACACCAGCGGCCCCGAGAAGGAGACGUGGAAGCAGUGCAAUAAGCGCCAUGUAGAAGAAACCACUUUCACCAUUGAAGAUCUGAAGAACGGGGGAGAGUAUGAGUUCCGCGUCAAAGCUGUGAAUGAGGCCGGCCCAAGCAGACCCUCUGCCACUGCUGGACCAAUCAUUAUUAAGGAUCAGACCUGUGCUCCUACCAUUGAACUGAAAGAACAGAUGGAAGGGGAAGAAGGACUAGAUGUCCAUAUUGUGGCAAGGGUCUAUGGCUGUCCAUUCCCCUCGCUUGUCUGGCAGAAGGCUCCCAUCGCCAAGCCAGAAGACAAAGCUUUAGUGCAAUAUGAUCAGCAUGUCAACAAGGUAGUAGUUGAUAACAAAUGUACCCUCCUGAUCCAGCAGUCCAACAGAAAUGACAGCUCACUGUACACUAUUACUGCAAGCAACAGUUUGGGCAAAGCCUCUAAGGAAAUCAAACUAACUGUACUAGGACGACCUGGCGUACCUGUUGGGCCAAUUGAGUUCAAAGAGGUGUUUGCAGAGAGGAUAGCACUUGCCUGGAAACCCCCUAAAGAUGACGGUGGCUCCAAGAUAACAAACUAUGUCGUUGAGAAACGUGAGGAAAGCAGAAAGUCAUGGGUACAUGUUUCUAACGACCCCAAAGAAUGCCUUUAUACCGUUCAGAGGCUGACAGAGGGCCAUGAAUAUGAGUUCCGUGUCAUGGCUCAAAACAAAUAUGGAGUUGGACCACCACUAUACAGUGAACCGGAGAAAGCAAGGAAUCUCUUCACUGUCCCAGGCCAAGUUGAGAAGCCCUUAGUAGAAGACGUGACUCUUGAAUCUAUGGUUAUUGUCUGGGACGAGCCAAAAUACGAUGGUGGAUCUCCAGUUACUGGGUAUUGGCUAGAGCGUAAAGAGACCUCGAUUAAGCGCUGGACCAAAGUAAACCGUACCCCCCUCAGGGCCAUGCCUCUGAGUCAAGAGUAUGUGAUCACUGGUCUGCAGGAAGGAGCAAUUUACCAGUUCCGUGUGACCGCAAUCAACGCAGCUGGAAUGGGACCACCCAGUGCCCCAUCAGAUCCUGUUAUGUCAAAAGACCCUAUUACUCCUCCCGGGCCCCCAACCCCUAAAGUAACAGAUUGGACCAAGUCUACAGUGGAUCUGGAAUGGAUCCCACCUUUGAUUGAUGGUGGAUCUAAGGUCACUGGUUACUUUGUUGAAUACAUAACUGAGGAAAAAGAGGCAGAAAUAGAAAAACUGAAGGCAGCUGAUGCAUACAAAGUUGUAGAGAAAAAGACUAAGAAAAUCACAUUCGACUCAUAUGGAAAUGAAAUUGAAGAAGAAGACAAAGAAGAAGAAGUAGUGAUUAAAGACGGAUGGGAAAAGGCUAAAGACACAGAGAUAAGAGGCACUAGGUUUGUUGUGUCUGGUCUGAAAGAGCUGGGAAGAUACAAGUUCAGAGUGCGGGCAGUAAACGCAGCUGGCGUUGGUGAACCUGGUCAAGUAGCUGAAGUGAUUGAAUGCAAGGACAGAACAAUUGCCCCUGAAGUAGACUUGGAUGCCACAGUGAAAGAGAAGAUUGUUGUCCAUGCCGGUGGCACCAUCCGCAUCUUGGCCUACGUGUCAGGAAAGCCUGCACCAGUGAUCACAUGGAACAGAGACGACCAUCCUCUACCGGCAGAAGCUAAGGUUGAAACUACAUCAAUCAGUUCUGCUCUGGUUAUCAAAAACUGCAGACGCAAUCACCAGGGUAUAUACACCUUGAGUGCAAAGAACGAAGGAGGAGAAAGGAAGAAGGCUGUCAUUGUGGAGGUGUUGGAUGUUCCCGGUCCGGUUGGUCAGCCGUUCUCUGGUGUGAACAUCACCAAUGACUCCUGCAAGUUGACCUGGUGUUCCCCUGAAGAUGACGGUGGCUCAGCUAUCACAAACUAUAUCAUUGAGAAGAGAGAGUCUGACCGCAUGGGCUGGACAUCAGUGUCUUACACGGUCACCAGACACAAUGCUGUGGUCCAGGGUCUCAUUGACGGCAAGGGAUAUUUCUUCAGAAUCGCAGCGGAGAAUAUCAUCGGAAUGGGACCAUUUAUUGAGUCCGAAAAACCAGUUCUCAUUAAAGAUCCUAUUUCUGUUCCUGAGCGUCCUGAGGAUCUAGAAGUCACAGGAAUCACCAAAGACUCUAUCAGUUUGACCUGGAGACCACCUAAGUAUGAUGGCGGUUCUGAGGUUACAAGCUAUGUGCUUGAAUCUCGUCUAAUCGGACAGGAUAAAUUCACAAAAAUUGAUACUGAUGACAAGCUGAUGGAUAGGAAGUUCACCAAGGGUGGUCUCAAAGAGAAUUCCACCUAUGAAUUCCGGGUCAGUGCUGUCAACGCAAUUGGUCAGGGCAAGCAUUCUUUCUGCACCAAGCCAAUCCAGGUUAAGGUGGAACUUGAGCCCCCAACGAUCGACUUGGACUUCCGUGACAGACUGAUUGUGCGUGUGGGUGAGGAGUGCACGCUCAAAGGCCGAUUUACUGGGAAGCCAGCACCUACAAUAACAUGGACAAAGGAUGAGGAAGAGCUGAAAGCAGAUGAUGAAAUCACAAUGACCAACACUAGUAAAACACUAUGCUUGAGCAUUCCCAAAGCUAAUCGCAAACAUAGUGGCAGAUACCAGGUGGCUGUAGAGAACAUUGUUGGCAUACGUAGAGGAAUCUGCAGUCUCACUGUUGUUGAUCGCCCCCAGCCUCCAAGGGGCCCAGUGGUCUUCAAUGAGGUCUACAGGAACUACAUGGUGAUUUCCUGGAACCCUCCUUCAGAUGAUGGGGGAUGUGCUAUCUCCAACUACAUCAUUGAGAAGAGAGACACAAACAGAGACCUGUGGAUGCCGGUGACAACGGCUUGCCUCAGGACAACAUGCAAAGUUCCUAAGCUGAUUGAGGGAAGAGAUUACAUAAUCAGAAUCUGUGCUCAGAACAUCCACGGCAUUAGCGACCCACUGAUGUCUGCGGAGAAUAGGGCUAAGGACAUCUUCAGAGUGCCAGAUGCACCCAAACAGCCAAUUGUGAAGGAGAUCUAUAAGGAUCAAGCACUCCUAACUUGGGAACCACCUGCAGAUGGUGGCAAGCCCAUCACUGGCUACAUUGUUGAGAGGAAGGAAACAAUGGCAAAGAGAUGGAUUCGCGCAUCUGGAAAGGACCGCAUUUUCCCCAAUGAGGAGUACUUUGUUCCAGAUCUCCUUGAGGGUUGUGAAUAUGAAUUCCGUGUUAUGGCGGAAAACAUUGUGGGUGUUGGUGAUCCCAGCCCCCCAUCAAAACCCAUUUUUGCCAGAGAUCCAAUUGUACCUCCAAGCCCGCCUGUGCUGCCAGAAGCUGUGGAUAAGACAAAGGAGUCUGUCACACUAUCUUGGCAGCCACCAAAAGACUGUGGCAGGGGCAAGAUCUUUGGCUAUCUUGUUGAGUUCAGUAAAUCUGGAGAGGACUGGGAGAAGGUGAAUCAGACUCCUGAUUCCUGCCAAGAAACCAAAUUCAAGGUUGUUAAUCUGGAGGAGGGAACAUUUUAUAAAUUCAGAGUUACUGCUGUGAACUUCGCUGGAGAAUCUGAACCUGCAUAUGUCCCAGAUCCUGUGAAGGCAGAAGACAGAUUUGAACCUCCUGAGUUGGAUGUCGAACUGGGUAUGCCUCGUGAAUUGAAAGCCAUGGCUGGAACCCAUGUGACUUUGAUUGCUGGAAUCAAGGGAAUUCCAUUCCCCAAAGUCACUUGGAAGAAAAAUGAUAAAGAAGUUCCCACAAGAGCUGACAUUGAGGUCAAUCCACUUGGAUCUAAAUUGGAGAUGCGCUACUGUGCCCGCUCCGACUGUGGCGACUACACUCUGAAUGUUGAAAACUCAGCUGGAUCAAAGACUGCCACUUGCACAGUCCUCAUCCUGGACAAACCUGGACCAAUCCAGCACCUGAGGGUGUCAGAGGUGAGAAGUGAUUCAGCCUAUCUUUCCUGGAAAGACCCUGAAGACAAUGGAGGAACACGUAUUACCAACUUUGUUGUGGAGAAGAAAGAUUUAGCAGCCACACAAUGGGUGCCAGUCUGCUCUUCUUCUAAGAAACGCAGCAUGAUGGCCAAACACUUGAUGGAAGGAACGUCUUACUUUUUCCGCGUUGCUGCUGAGAAUCAGUUUGGCAGAAGUGAAUACGUUGAAACAACCAAAGCUGUCAAAGCAAUUAAUCCACUGUUCCCACCUGGUCCACCAAAGGACUUACACCAUGUAGAUGUGGACAAGACAGAAGUAUGGCUUGUGUGGAACUGGCCUGACCGCAACGGAGGCAGCGAAAUCACAGGUUUCCUGGUUGAGUACCAAGAGGAAGGGGCAAGAGAGUGGGAUGAAUGGAACACUGUCAGCAUCCCUGAGAGCCAUGUCACUGGCCUUGAGGAAGGAAAGACUUACAGAUUCCGUGUGAGAGCCGAAAAUGCUAUUGGACUGAGUAGACCGGACACCACUGUCCCCGUUCUCUGCCAGGAAAAGCUUGUGGCUCCAAUUGUCGAGGUUGAUGCAAAGCUUAUCGAAGGGAUCAUUGUGAAGUGUGGUAGCACAAUCAGACUCCCUGCCAUUAUGAGAGGCAUCCCUGCACCUACUGCCAAGUGGUCCAUUGAUGGAACAGAAAUUUUACCUGAAGGCCCAGUUAAGAUUGAGAGUGACAACUAUUCAACAGUUCUCAGCAUCAGUGAUUGUAUGAGAACCCACAGUGGUACCUAUAUCCUCACAGUGUCCAAUCCUGCAGGAACCAAGACUCUGGCUUUGAAUGUUACUGUCCUUGAUGUGCCAGCGGCUCCAAUUGGACCAGUCAAUGUUCUUGAGGUUACUCCUGAGUACAUGCUUAUUGAUUGGCGUCCUCCAAAGGAUGAUGGUGGAAGCCCUGUAACAGGUUACGUUGUUGAGAAGAAAGAGGCUAAAAAAGAAACCUGGGGAGGUGUGAGUUCUGGUAGCACAGCUACGAAGCUUAAGAUACCUCGUUUGCAGAGCGGUGUUGAAUAUGUUGUACGUAUCCGUGCACAGAACAAAAUGGGCAAAGGUGCUCCUCUUGAAAGUUCACCAACCGUCGCACAACACACAUUUGAAGUACCCUCCCAUCCUGGCAAACCAAGCGUUUCAGACAUUGCAGAAGAUGCUCUCACUGUUGGGUGGACCAUGCCAUUGUUUGAUGGAGGCAGUCCAAUCACUGGAUACAUUGUUGAGCGUAGACAUAAGGGCGGAAAAUGGAUCCGUGUCAACACAACACCCUGUAAGGAUCUUAGAAUCAGAGUUCUUGGACUCUUUGAGGGAAACGAGUAUGAGUUUAGAGUUUUUGCCGAAAACAUUGCCGGUUUUAGUGGACCUUCUGCCUUAUCAGACCCAGCAAAACCCUGUCGCCAUAUCACAGCACCUGGACCUCCAGUUAAUCCGAGAAUAAAGGACUACAGUAAGGAAAAUGCAGAUUUAGUCUGGAUUAAGCCUAACAAAGAUGGAGGCAGUCCAAUCAUGGGGUACAUUAUUGAAAUGCAAAAAGCUGGUGGAGAAUGGGAGAUUGUAAAUAAGGAUGGUCACAUUAAGCAGUGUGCUUACAGAGUCAAAGGCCUUGAAGAACACUCAGAGUACAGGUUCCGUGUUAGUGCUGUAAAUAUGAUUGGAGAUGGAGAGCCUAGAGAAUGUCCUGAAUCAGUGGUUGCCAAAGACAUUAUGAUACCACCCGAGAUCGAGAUGGAUGCCACAUGCCGUGAACGUUUAACUGUUCGUGUUGGACAUAACAUCAACAUCAUUGGUUAUGUGAAAGCUAGACCUGAUCCAGAGAUUAUCUGGAAAAAGGGUGAGGAGGUUUUGGAAACGUCCAAGCGCACCACAUUAAUAAAAAACCUCCCUGUUGUUCAACUGAAAAUCAAAGAGGCAACCAGAGCAGAUCAUGGAAAGUAUGUUCUAAAGGCUAACAACUACAGUGGUGAAGCCGAAGCUACAAUUACUGUGAAUGUUUUGGAUAGACCUGGACACUGUCAGCAUUUAAAAACAACCUACGUUACCAAAGACUCCUGUAUGGUGUCCUGGGAGAUCCCUGUGGACAAUGGCGGCACUGAGAUUACAAACUAUAUUGUAGAGUGCCGUGAACCCAGUGUGAGGCUUUGGUCAAUGAUCACAUCUGACUGCUCUAACCGCAUGGUUAAAGCCAAACUCAUGGAGGGCCAUGAGUAUUUUUUCCGUGUUUGUGCUGAGAACAAAUGUGGUCCUGGGCCCGCAGUGGAGACCAAAAAACCAACCCUUGCCAUUGAUCCCAUUAACAGGCCUGGUGAGCCAGAAAACCUGCGUGUCACUGAUGUCGGUAAGAACUUUGUCUUUUUGAAAUGGAGGAGGCCAGACUAUGAUGGUGGAAGCCCCAACAUUGGCUAUGCUGUAGAGAGCAAAGAAGCGGGAUCUGAAGAAUGGGUGCCAUUGAAUGAGGAUCUGAUCUCAAAUACAUUCUUCAUGGCUGAUAAGUGUGUUGAAAAACACACUUAUAUUUUCCGAGUGCAGACAUGCAAUGAAGGUGGGGAAAGUGACUGGGUGAAGACAGGGGAUGUUCUUGUCAGAGAGGAGAUCCAGAAACCAGUGCUUGAUAUAAAAUUAGCUGGAACCCUUGUGGUUAAAGCUGGAGAGUCUGUUAGAAUUGAGGCUGAACUCAGAGGAAAGCCUCAACCAGUGGUUAAGUGGGUAAAAGACAAGGCCACAGGAGAUAACCCUAGAAUAAGUGUUGAAACUGGCACAGAUUACUCAAAAUUCCUUUUGACCAAAUCCAAACGUACAGACACUGGAAAAUAUGUUGUAACUGCCACAAACUCUGCUGGAUCCUUUAAUGCAUAUGCAAUGAUCAAUGUCUUGGAUGUCCCAGGACCUGUGAGAGAUGUGAAGGUGUCUGGAAUUGGAGUAGACAAAUGUAGAAUUUCAUGGGAUCUCCCAGAAGAUGAAGGUGGAUGUGAAGUCGAUAGCUAUAUACUUGAGAAAUGUGAGACAAGAAGAAUGGUAUGGUCCACAUACUCUGCUUCUCUUGUCACAAACUAUUGCAAUGUCACCCGACUAGUAGAAGGAAAUGAGUAUGUCUUCCGCAUCAGAGCAGAAAACAAAAUGGGGACAGGCCCUGCUGUGGAGAGCAAACCCAUUACAGCCAGGACUCAGUUCAACAGACCAGGACCACCAGAAGCACCAGAAGUUACCAAGAUCAGCAAGGAGGAGAUGACAGUUGUAUGGGCGCCACCAGAAAUUGAUGGUGGAAAGUCAAUCACUGGUUAUAUCCUUGAACGGAAAGAAAAGCGUGCUGUCCGAUGGGUGCCAUGCACAAAGAGUGCUAUCUCAGAGAGACGCCUGAAAGUCAGCAACUUGAUUCCCAACCAUGAGUAUCAGUUCCGUGUAAAGGCUGAAAAUGAAGUUGGACUUGGAGAGCCAAGCAAAGCAUGCCGACCAGUAGCAGCCAAAGAUCCAAUAGAGGUUCCUGGUCCUCCAGGCAGUUUCAAGGUGAUUGACAGUACCAAGACGUCCAUUACUCUUCGAUGGGCCAAGCCUAUCUAUGAUGGUGGUGCUCCUAUCCUUGGUUACAUGGUUGAAAUGAGAGACAAACCUGAGCUUAAACCUGAAGUGGUUGAUGCUAAGCCUGAAGCUAAACCUGCAGAAGCAGCUAAGCCUGAAGAAUCAACACCAGGAGAAGGUGAGGUGCAAUAUGAUGAGGAAGCUGCUGCAGCUAAAGCUAAACGCAAGGACAAAGAAGAGGGCUGGAAGAAGUGCCCCAUUGGUGGAGGUGUGCUAGUGCACACUGAAUUCACUAUUCCUAACUUGAACGAGAAGCAGUUGUAUGAAUUCAGAGUCUCUGCACAGAAUCAGGUCGGCUGGGGGCGUCCCGCUACACUCAAGGAGGCUGUUAACCCUAAGGAGAUCCUUGAGUCACCAGAGAUUGAGUUGGAUGCCAGUCUCAGGAAAGGCUUUAGUGUAAGAGCAGGCUGCCCCAUCAGGUUGUUUGCGACUAUCAGAGGAAGACCAUCCCCAAAAGUCACCUGGAAGAAGAUUGGUGUUGAUAAUGUUGUCAGGAGAGGUCAUGUGGAUCAGAUUGAUACUAUGUCCUUCCUUGUGAUCCCUGAGAGCACCCGGGACGACUCUGGCAGAUACUCUCUGACACUCUCCAACUCUGCUGGGGAGAAGGCUGUAUUUGUCCGUGUUAAAGUAUUGGAUACCCCUGGACCUGUCGGAGGAUUUGAGGUCACCAAUGUAACAAGUACCGGCUGUCAAUUAUCUUGGCUUCCUCCAGAUAAUGACGGGGGCUGUCAAAUCCUGAACUACAUUGUUGAGAAGCGUGAAUUGGACAAAAAAACAUGGACGAACUGUGUGAGCGAUUUGAAGAAAACAAGCUUCAAAGUCACCGGCCUCACACCUGGCUGUGACUACUACUUUAGAGUUAUGGCAGUCAAUAAAUAUGGCAUUGGUGUUCCGAAAGACUCGCCAAAAGCCUACCUGACAACCGAUCCUAUAAGUGAACCAGAUCCACCCAAGAAGAUGGAUGUCUUAGAAGUGACAAAGAACAGUGCCACUUUGGGAUGGUUGAAACCUUUGAGGGAUGGUGGAGCUAAGAUCAAUGGCUACAUAGUUGAUUACAAAGUAGAUGGUGAACCUGAAGACAAAUGGACACCGUAUUCCGUUGUUAAAGACUUAACCAUUGUAGUUGUUGGACUUAAAGAGGGUACGAAGUAUAAGUUCAGGGUUGCUGCUAGAAACGUGGCUGGAACCAGUCUGGCAAGAGAAGCUGAGGGAGUAUUUGAGGUCAAGGAGCAGCUAAUGGCACCAAAGAUCAUGUUGCCUGAUAUUGUCACAGCAAUGGCCGGUAAGAAAAUGACGAUUGAAGCUAUUGUGGCUGGAAAACCUGCACCAACAUGCAAAUGGAAGCGAGGAGCUGAGGAUCUGUUAACAUCUGAUCGUAUCAUGGUGCAAAAGUCGCCAAACUGCAUUGUGCUCAUCAUAAAAGAUGUCUCAAGAAAGGACAGUGGGUACUACAGUCUUACUGCCUCGAACAGCACAGCCACCAUCAACCAGAUUCUUAGAGUCAUAGUACAGGAUAAACCUGGGCCACCUGAGGCUCCCCUGGAGAUCGUUGAUGUUGAUAUUGAUGCCUGCACACUCCAGUGGAACCAACCCAGUGAGGAUGGUGGAAGCAACAUCACUAACUACAUAAUUGAGAAGUGUGACGUGAGCAGAGGAGACUGGAUCACAGCUUCCGGCUCAUGCACCACAACCAGCUACAGAGUUUGCAAGCUUACCCCUGGAUCAGAAUAUGGCUUCCGUGUCCGUGCUGAGAACAGAUUUGGCAUCUCCGAGCCAAUUUAUUCUGUGAAAAUGAUUGCUCGAUAUCCUUUUGAUGUCCCUGGUGAGCCAAGAAAUCUGUGUAUCACAAAAGUCAGAAGCGAUGCAGUGUCUUUGUCCUACAUGGCCCCAUCAUCGGAUGGUGGAAGUCCUCUUACUGGAUACUGCAUAGAGCGCAAAGAGAGGAACAGCCUUCUCUGGGUGAAAGCAAAUGAAUGUGUUGUCCGUGGACUGGAAUAUAACUGCACAGGCUUAAUGGAAGGUCUGGAAUAUGCAUUCAGGGUGUCUGCCAUCAACAAGGCCGGCCAGGGUAAACCAAGCAAACAAACUGACUGGGUGACAGCAAGAACGCCCAUUGAUCCACCUGGCAAACCUGAGGUAAUGGAUGUGACAAAAAGCACUGUUUCACUUGUUUGGAGUCGUCCCCAAAACGAUGGCGGUAGCAAGCUCAUUGGAUACUAUGUGGAGUACAUGAAGAUUGGUCAAGAAGUAGAGAAAUGGGUUCGCUGCAAUGCCAACUGCCAGAACGUCCCAAAUGAAGAGUAUGUUGUGUCUGGCCUGGAGGAGGGAGCCAAGUAUCACUUCAGAGUUUUUGCCAAGUCAGCAAUCAACAUUAGCUUGUCUUCUGAGCUCUCAGAUGCCAUCACGGUGUUGGCAGAGAACGUUCCCCCCAGGGUCGAGUUGGGAGUGGACAUGAAGAACAUGAUAAUAGUGAAGGCUGGAGAAAAUGUCUCCUUUGAUGCUGUAGUGUUUGGAAAACCACUUCCCAAGGUUACAUGGAAGAGAGAUGGUGUUCCAUUGAAACUGGUUGAGGGGAUGAAGAUGAAACAGAAGAGACACACACAUAUUCUGGAAUUGUUUUCUGUCUCAAGGAAGGAAUCUGGAGAGUACACUAUUCUAGCUGAAAAUCCAAAUGGGUCUAAAUACUCUCAUAUUAAGCUCAAGGUUCUAGACAAACCUGGCCCUCCAGCCUCAGUGAAGAUCAGCAAGGUGUUUGCGGACCGUGUUAGGAUGAAAUGGGAGCCACCUGUUGCAGAUGGAGGCUCUGAAAUCACUAACUACAUUAUUGACAAACGUGAAACAAGCAGAGCAAACUGGGCUCAGGUGACCUCCAAUAUCCAUGGCCAACUGACGGAUUGCACAGUAGAGAAACUCAUUCAGGACCAUGAAUACCAGUUCAGGGUCAGUGCUGAGAACAUGUAUGGUAUUGGGGACCCCAUCCUCACCGACCCAGUCAUGGUCAAGAAUCCAUAUGAUGUUCCGGGUCCUAGCGAGCCACCAGUUAUAACCAACAUCACAGCAAAUUCUAUGACUGUCAGCUGGAAGACACCUGCUGAUGAUGGAAAAGCCACCAUUCUGGGCUACAUGGUUGAGAAACGUGAAGCGUCAGAACUCAACUGGGCUAAAGUCAACCGCAAACCAGUGAUUGACAGAAGCAUUAAAGCUACCCAGCUCUCAGAGGGAUCUGAGUAUGAGUUCCGAGUCAUUGCCAUCAACAAAGCUGGAUUAGGCAAACCAAGCGAUCCAUCAGCUGCUGCCCUUGCUGUGGAUCCUGUUUAUCCACCUGCACCACCUGCGUUCCCUAAAGUUGUUGACUCAACACACAGCACUAUUAGCUUAUCUUGGACAAAGCCUGCUUACGAUGGUGGUUGUGAGAUCUUGGGAUAUCUUGUCGAAUCCAAGAGAGCUGAUGCAGAAGACUGGCUGAAAUGUAAUGUGCCCAAAAACCUGCAAACAACCAAGUUUGUGGCUACUGGGCUCACUGACAAAACAGAAUAUGUGUUCCGUGUCUUCGCUGUAAACAAAAUCGGCUACAGCGAGCCAAGUGAAGUUCCAGGGAAACAUGAGGCCAAGGACAUCUCGAUUGCUGCUGAUGCGGAGCUGGAUGCAGACCUUCGUAAGGGACUAGUCCUAAGAGCCGGAGUCACAAUGAGACUCUAUGUGCCACUGAUAGGACGUCCCCCACCGAAGGUUGUGUGGACCAAGGUCAAUGCCAUCCUCAAAGAACGAGCAGGAAUCAUGAUUAAAACCACUAAUUGGGAUACCCUUGUCUACAUUGAGAAUAUCAACAGAUAUGAUGCUGGAAAAUAUGUUUUGUCUCUCGAAAAUGAGAGUGGCAAGAAGUCUUACACUGUAGUUGUGAAGGUCCUAGAUACUCCUGGUCCACCACAGAAUCUGAUUGUGAAGGAAACCUCUCUGAACCAUGCGUCCAUUGGCUGGGAUCCUCCUCUGAUUGAUGGAGGAAGCCCAGUAAAGAGCUACAUUGUUGAGAAGCGUCUUGCUGAGAGAAAGGCAUGGUCCUGUGUCAUAACCAAAUGCCACAAAACUACUUUCAGGAUUCCUAAUUUGGAAGCUGGAAAGGCUUACUGUUUCAGAGUCUUGGCUGAAAAUAACUAUGGUAUUGGAGAAGGUUGUGAGACUGCUGGAGUUGUAAGAGCUUCAGAACUACCUGGAGCAGUAAUGGAUUUCAAGGCCUUGUCAGUCACUAAGGAUUCCAUUCACAUUGGCUGGAAGAAACCAGUCAGUGAUGGUGGAAGUCAGAUCAGUGCAUAUAUUCUUGAAUUGCAAGAAGGUGAAGGGAAGUAUAAGGUGCUAGUGAAAGGAAAGGUCAUGUCACACAUGAUGGUUGAACUUGAAGAAGGAAAAGAGUACUCCUACAGAGUGAAAGCAAUCAAUGAGUCUGGAGAAGGCCCACCUUCGGAGCUCACUGUAAUUGCAAAAGAUCAAAUUGUUGCACCUGACUGUGACCUGAGUGGCAUACCAGAUCUCUGCUAUCUUGCCAAGGAGGGAAGCACAGUCCGUAUCAAUGUUCCUAUUGUUGGCAAACCAGCCCCUUCAGCCAUCUGGAAGAAAGGAGCUGUUUCUUUAGGAGACAGUGGAAGAAUCUCAGUUGAAUCUACACUAAAUUCGACAACUUUGCUAAUCCGUGAUUGCCACAGAGGUGAUGCGGAAAAUUACACUAUUCUGCUUAGAAACCCUGCAGGAGUCAAGGAAGCAAAGAUUAAGAUUAAGGUGGUUGGAAAACCAGGAAUCCCGACAGGACCGUUCAAGUUUGAUGAAAUCACUGCCGAUGGAAUCACUCUGGAAUGGGGGCCUCCAAAAGAUGAUGGUGGUACUGAAAUAUCCAACUAUAUUCUGGAGAAGCGCCGAACAACAGACAGCAAGUGGGCUACUGUGGCUUCCGCUCUCCAGAAAAAUACAAUGAGAGUUACCAGGCUCCAUGAUGGUAUCGAGUACAUCUUUAGAGUGUUUGCAGAAAACAAAUAUGGAGUUGGGGAAUGCCUGAAAUCUGACCCAGUGGUGGCUCAGCAUCCAUUCAAUGUGCCUGGUUCUCCUGCACCACCAGAGAUUGUGAGCAUUCGUCAUGAGUCUGCAAUUUUGAAUUGGAUUGAUCCUAAAGACAAUGGAGGUUCACCAAUCACUGGCUAUCAUGUUGAAUACAAAGAGAGGAACAGCUUAAUGUGGAAAAGAGCCACUAAGACCCCUAUUAGAGUGAAAGAAUGCAGAGUGACUGCACUGAUUGAAGGCCUAGAGUAUGAAUUCAGAGUCAUGGCAAUUAAUGCGGCUGGUUUAGGAAGGCCAAGCAAGGCAACAGAACCAGUCAUUGCCCUUGAUCCAAUUGAUCCUCCUGGUAAGCCUGAUGUUAUCAAUGUAACCAGAAGCACAGUAACACUUAUGUGGACUGCACCUAAGUAUGACGGUGGACACAAACUGACUGGGUACCUGGUUGAGAAACUUGAACUGCCAGGAAAGACCUGGAUGAAAGCAAAUCAUAUUAAUGUCCAAGGACUUGCAUUUACUGUGCCAGACCUGACGGAGGGCAGCAGCAUGCAGUUCAGAAUCAGAGCAAAGAAUGCAGCUGGCGCAAUCAGUGUUCCUUCAGAGCAAACUGAUACUCUUAUCUGCAAAGAUGAGUAUGAACCACCAAGCAUCACUAUCGAUCCAGACAUAAAGGAUGGUGUCUCUGUCAGAGCUGGGGAAACCAUUGUGAUAUCCGCUUCUAAGAUUCUGGGCAAACCUCCCCCUACAGCUGUGUGGUCCAAGGCCGGAAGAGAAUUCAAGACCUCCGAUAUUGUCCAGAUUAAAAGCACUCCAACCACAUCGACUUUGUAUAUUAAAUAUGCCAGUCGGAAGAACACUGGAGACUACACAAUUACAGCCAGUAAUCCUUUUGGUAUCAAAGAAGAGCAUGUUAAGGUCAAAGUUCUUGAUAUCCCGGGACCUCCAGGCCCCAUCGAAGCCAGCAGUGUGUCUGCUGAAAAGUGCACAUUGACCUGGUUGCCACCAGAAGAGGAUGGUGGCUGUGCAAUCAAAUCCUACACACUAGAGAAGAGAGAAACAAGCCGUCUGCUCUGGACCAAACUUGCUGAAAAUAUAUUUGAUUGCAGAUUUGUAGCACACAAGCUGAUCAAGGGCAAUGAGUACAUAUUCCGUGUGUCUGCUGUCAACCAGUAUGGCACUGGCGAUGGGACACAAUCCGGCCCAGUCAAAAUGGUUGACAGCUUUGGCCCACCAGGCCCGCCUGGAAUCCCAGAGAUUGACAAUGUUAGCAGGAAUGCUGUCACCAUUUUCUGGAAGAGGCCCGUUAAAGAUGGUGGAAGUGAUAUUAGAGGCUAUCUGGUUGAAAGGAAAGAGAGAAGAGGAAUGAGAUGGGUGAGGGCCUCGAAGAAAACAGUCUCUGACCUACGUUUCAAAGUACAGGGACUGACAGAAGGUGUUGAAUAUGAAUUCAGAGUAACAGCAGAGAACAAAGCUGGCUUUGGUGAACCCAGUAAGCCGUCUGCCCAUGUGAUGACAAAGGAUAUAGUAUAUCCACCAGGACCUCCAUCCAACCCAAGAAUUACUGACACCACGAAGACAACAGCCACAUUUAACUGGGGUAAACCCCACUAUGAUGGGGGCCUGGAUGUAUCAGGAUACAUUGUUGAGCACAAGAAGGAAGGCCAUGAUGACUGGGUCACUGAUGUCACCGGAUUGAGAAUUACAGAAUAUGUUAUAGCAGGUCUGAAGGCUGGUAGCAAAUAUAAUUUCAGAGUCAGAGCCAUGAAUACAGAGGGAGUUGGUGAACCAGCAGAUAUUGAAGAAAUUGUAGAACUUAAGGACCGUGAGACACUUCCUGACUAUGAGCUUGAUGCUGAGUAUAGAAGAACCCUUGUUGUCAGGGUCCGUUCAUCCAUACGGAUUUUCGUACCAAUUAAAGGACGUCCACUUCCUGAAGUAACAUGGAUGAAAGAUGACACCAUCCUUGGUAAACGGGGCCGUGAACACAUUGAUACUACAGAGUCGUAUACACUCCUGGUUAUCCCUGACUGCACAAGAUAUGAUGCCGGAAAAUAUAAAUUAUCAUUAGAGAAUGUUGCUGGUAAAAGAGAGGGAUUUGUUAAUGUCCGAGUACUAGAUACACCAGGACCACCUGUAAACCUGACACCACGUGAAAUCACCAAAACAAGCAUCACGAUGCAGUGGGAAAUUCCCAUUAUUGAUGGUGGAUCAAAGAUCAUUAACUACAUUAUUGAGAAGCGAGAGGCCACAAGAAAGGCUUACACAGUAAUCUCGACAACCUGGCAGAAAUGCUCCUUUAAGUAUGACAACUUAGAUGAAGGUUCUGAAUAUUACUUCAGAGUAUCCGCUGAAAAUGAACUGGGUGUUGGUGAGCCAGCAGAGACACCCGAGACAAUCAGAGCAUCUCAAUCACCCACGGCCCCUGAAAAUCUGUACGUCACUGAUGUAUCUGCAGACACUGCAAACCUUGCAUGGACAAAGCCAAAACAUGAUGGAGGCAGUAGGAUUACUGGAUACGUUAUUGAAGCACAACAGAAGGACUCAGAGACAUGGACCCAUGUGACAACAGUAAAGGCUCUUGACUACAAAGUCACAGAUCUCAUUGAAAAUAUGGAGUAUGUGUUCCGUAUUAUGGCAGUAAACAGCUCUGGCAGAAGUGAUCCACGUGAGAGCAGACCUGCUAUCAUUAGAGAACAAACAUCAGCACCUGCAUUUGACUUGCGUGGAGUCUACCAGUCCUUGGUUAUUGCUAAGGCUGGUGAUAAUGUUAAGGUUGAAAUUCCUGUUCUGGGUCGUCCCAGACCAUCAGUUUUAUGGAAACGAGGAGAGGACACUCUUAAACAGACACAGAGAAUCAACACGGAAACGACUGCAACAUCAACUAUUCUUCACAUCAACGAGAUUAAAAGGACUGACGGUGGGCAGUAUUCAAUGAUCGGCAAGAACAUACUUGGAACAACGACCGAGAAAAUUACUGUUGAAGUCCACGAUAUUCCAGGACCUCCUACUGGGCCAAUUAAAAUUGAAGAAGUUUCAUGUGACUACAUUGUCAUGUCAUGGGAAAGUCCAGAGAAUGAUGGUGGUGUACCCAUAAACAAUUAUAUUGUAGAAGCAAAAGAUACCACAGGCACAUCGUGGGUUGAAUUAGCAGCAACAGUUAUCCGAACAACAUUCAAAGCUGCUCGUCUAACAACAGGAAUAACAUAUCAGUUCCGUGUAAAAGCCCAGAACAGGUAUGGCAUUGGACCCUGUAUAGUCUCAGAACAAGUGAUGGCUACUUAUCCAUUCAGUGUACCAGAACAACCAGGAAUUCCUGAAAUUGUCAGCUUUAACAAGGAUUCAAUGACUAUUAGUUGGGAUGAACCAAUUUCUAAUGGUGGAAGUCCCAUUUUGGGGUAUCACAUUGAGAGGAAAGAGAAGAACAGUAUCCUUUGGCAGAAGAUCAGCAAAGCACUAGUAGUAGGGAACAUGUUCAAAUCCACAGGCUUGGUAGAUGGAAUUGCCUAUGAGUACCGUGUUAUUGCUGAAAACAUGGCUGGUUUGAGCAGGCCAAGCAAGCAUUCUGAAACUACCUUUGCCCUGGACCCUGUGGACCCACCUGGCAAACCAGUGGCAUUGAAUGUAACCAGGCAUGAGGUAACUCUUCAGUGGACAAAACCUGAAGGUGAUGGAGGAUUCUCAAUAACUGGAUACCAAGUUGAAAAAAGGGAACUCCCAGACGGACGCUGGCUCAAAGCCAACUUUAGCAACAUCCUUGGAACAAUAUUUACUGUUAGUGGUCUGACAGAGGAUGCAACAUAUGAGUUUCAUGUUCAGGCAAGAAACUCAGCUGGGUCUCUCAGUAAGCCAUCUCUACCAUCUGAAGAAAUCACUUGCAGAGAUGAUAUUGAAGAGCCUAAACUGGAAGUUGAUUCAAUCUAUAAUACUACUGUGGUUGUGAAAGCGGGAGAUAUCUUCAAACUUGCUGCCAGUGUAUCAGGCAGACCAAUUCCAACACUGGUAUGGACCAAAGACGGCAAAGAAAUUGAAGAUACUGCCAAGUUGGAAAUCAAACUUUAUGACUUUUCUACAACUUUAGUCAACAAAGAUUCUCUGAGAAGGUGUGGCGGCACAUAUAUUUUAACUGCUAGCAAUCCAGGUGGUUUUGCCAAGCAUACUUUCAAUGUUAAGGUUCUUGAUAGACCUGGACCUCCAGGUGGUCCACUUGCUGUGACAGACGUCACUGCUGAGAAGUGUAUUCUAUCAUGGCUUCCACCAUCACAUGAUGGUGGUGCAAAGAUUCUGCACUACAUCAUUGAGAAACGUGAAACAAGUAGACUUGCAUGGACAAAUGUAGCAUCAGAAUUACAAGUUAACCGGUUUAAGGUUACCAAGUUAUUGAAGGGUAAUGAGUAUAUCUUCAGAGUUAUGGCUGUCAACAUGUAUGGAAUUGGAGAGGCAAUUGAGUCUGACCCAAUGGUUUGUACAAAUCCUUAUGUGCCAGCUGAUGCUCCAUCAACACCUGAGGUGACAACCAUCACAAAGAACACCAUGGUUGUUUGCUGGGAACGCCCCGAUCACGAUGGUGGAAGUAACAUCUUCAACUAUGUAAUUGAAAGGAGAGACAAAACCGGUCUUCGGUGGGUUAAAUGCAACAAGAGAACUGUAACUGACCUGAGGUACAAAGUAUCUGGGCUCACACCUGGUCAUGAAUAUGAAUUCAGAAUAAUUGCAGAAAACAAUGCUGGCUUAGGAACACCAAGUCCUGCAAGUGAAUUCUACAAGGCAGUAGACACAAUAUUCCAACCUGGACCCCCUGGAAAUCCAAGAGUCUUGGACACAACCAAGUCAUCCAUUAGCAUUGCAUGGAACAAACCUGUAUAUGAUGGUGGUUCUGAUAUAAUUGGAUACAUGGUGGAGACCUGUCUACCUGAGGAAGAUGAAUGGACAAUUCACACACCUAAAAAGGGAUUAGUUGGUACAUCAUUUACAAUCACUAACCUGGUAGAAAACCAAGCUUAUAAAAUUAACAUUUGUGCACUUAAUUGUGAAGGAGUUGGAGAGCCAGCACAAGUUCCUGGCACACCAGUGGCAGAGGAUAGACUGCUUCCUCCUGAAAUUGACCUUGGUGCAGAACUUCGUAAGGUUGUCUGCAUUAGAGCUUGUGGCACAUUGAGACUCUUUGUACCUAUUAAAGGAAGACCAGCUCCUGAGGUUAAGUGGUCCAGAGAAAAUGGAGAACCUUUUACCAGAGCGUCUAUUGAAACCACUUCAUCAUUUACUGCUCUUAUGAUGGAAAAUGUUGACAGAUUUGACAGUGGAAAAUACAUUCUGACAAUAGAAAAUGCUUCCGGAAGCAAAACAGCAUAUGUGAAUGUCAGAGUACUGGACACACCUGGAGCACCACAAAGCCUUGCAAUCAGGGAGGUCACUAGAGAUUCAGUAUCACUAAUGUGGGAUGCACCUCUUAUUGACGGUGGCUCCAGAAUUAGAAACUAUGUUGUGGAGAAACGUGAAUCAACAAGAAAAGCUUACUCCACAGUCUGUGCUCAGUGCCAUAAGUCUAGCUGGAAGAUUGGUGGCCUUGAGGAAGGAAAGACAUACUUCUUUAGAGUUCUGGCUGAAAAUGAAUUUGGCAUCGGCCUUCCAAUAGAGACUCCUGAGGCAGUCAGAGUAUCUGAGAAGCCACUCCCACCAGGCAAAGUAACUUUGUUAGAUGUCACAGGCACCAGUGUCUCUUUGUCUUGGGAAAAACCAGAUUAUGAUGGAGGAAGCCGAAUCUCAGGAUAUAUUGUUGAGAUGCAGGGUAAAGACAGUGAAACUUGGACCCAGUGUGCCGUAGCAAAAAUCACACAGGCUGUUGUUAUUGGACUUACACAGGGUGAAGAAUAUAUGUUCCGUGUGUCAGCACAUAACGAAAAGGGAACCAGUGAUCCUCGUCUACUAAGUGUACCUGUGGUAGCCAAAGAUCUAGUCAUUGCACCAGUAUUCAAGCUGCUAUUUACCACGUUCAGUGUAUUGGCUGGAGAUGACCUCAAAAUAGAUUUGCCAUAUGCUGCUCAUCCCAAAGCAGUGGUGACAUGGCUCAAGGAUGGUGUUGCUCUCAAAGAAACAACCAGAGUCAAUGCAGAGGCCACUGAUACGCAUUUGAAUCUUGUGAUAAAGGAAGCCAGUAGGGAGGAUGUGGGCAAAUACACCAUCAAACUUUUGAACACAGCUGGUGAAGCAACAGUGGACAUUGCGGUUAUUGUUCUUGAUAAACCUGGUCCUCCAACUGGGCCAAUUGCUCUUAAUGAAGUUACCUCUGACAGUGUGGUGUUGUCCUGGAACCCACCUACAUAUGUGGGUGGUUGUGCCAUUAACAACUAUGUCGUAGAAAAGCGGGAAACGUCUACCACAAACUGGCAGAUUGUGUCUGCAACAGUUGCAAGAACCACCAUUAAAGCUGCCCGAUUGAAGACUGGCUGUGAAUAUCAGUUCAGGAUUGCUGCUGAGAAUCGAUAUGGAAAGAGUCCAGCACUUCUAUCAGAAACAAUUGUAGCUCAAUAUCCAUUUGAUCUUCCAAGUGCUCCAGGUACCCCAAUUAUACAAGCAUCUACAAAGGAUAGCAUGGUUAUCGUAUGGGAGAAACCUAAUAAUGAUGGUGGGAGCAAGAUUUUGGGAUAUCACCUUGAGAGUAAGGAGAGAAACAGCCUCCUCUGGGUGAAACAAAACAAACAGUUGAUCCCAGACUUGAGGUUCAAGCUUGGUGGUCUGGAAGAGGGUAUCGAAUAUGAGUUCAGAAUUUAUGCUGAAAAUAUUGUUGGUGUUGGCAAAGCAAGCAAAUUGUCAGAAAUCUGUGUAGCAAGAGACCCUUGUGACAGCCCAGGCAAGCCUGAAGCUGUCAUUGUCACAAGGGCAGCUGUGACUCUCCAGUGGACAAAGCCAGAGUCAGAUGGAGGUAGCAAAAUUACAGGAUAUAUUGUGGAGAAGAAAGAGCUGCCAGGUGGGCGUUGGAUGAAGGCCAGUUUUGCCAAUGUCAUCGAGACCCAAUUCGUUGUGACUGGCUUAGUUGAAGACCAGUGCUAUGAGUUCCGUGUCAUUGCAAGAAAUGCAGCAGGUGUAUACAGUCUUCCAUCUGAGAGCACUGGAUCUAUUACAGCAAAGGAUGAAGUGGAUCCUCCCAAAAUAGAGAUUGACUCAAAGUACACUUCAACAGUUGUUCUAAUGGCUGGUGAAUCAUUUAACCUUUGUGCAGAUGUUUUCGGAAAACCUGUGCCUUCAAUCCUUUGGAUGAAGAACGACGAAGAACUAAAGGAGGCUGCACGCCUUGAAAUAAAGAACACUGCUUUUAAAGCAUUUUUGAGUGUUAAGGAGGCAAUACGUGUUGAUGGAGGCCAAUAUACUCUUCUGUUGAAAAAUGUAGGUGGAGAGAAGUCUAUGAAUUUCAAUGUCAAAGUGUUAGACCGACCAGGUCCACCAGGAGGCCCAAUUUCUAUUUAUGGAGUCACAAGUGAAAAGGCUUGUAUUGCCUGGAAACCCCCACUACAAGAUGGAGGUAGUGAGGUUUCUCAUUACAUCGUUGAGAGGAGGGAAACAAGUAGAUUGGUUUGGACUGUCGUUGAAUCAAAAGUGCAGACUUUGAAUCUGAAGAUCUUAAAACUUGUUCCUGGAAAUGAGUAUGUCUUCCGGGUGAUUCCUGUAAACAAAUAUGGAGUUGGUGAGCCUCUUGAAUCCGAGCCAGUGAUUUCCAGAAAUCCAUUUGUUCCACCUGAUCCACCAACAAAUGUGGAAGUCUCGACCAUCACAAAAGAUUCAAUGGUGGUAACCUGGGAAAGACCAGAAAAUGAUGGUGGUAAUCCCAUUUCUGGAUUUAUCAUUGAGAAGCGUGAUAAAGAAGGUGUGCGAUGGACCAGAUGUAAUAAACGUACAGUGAGUGAGUUGCGCUUUAGAGUCGCAGGCCUUCUUGAAAACCGAAGCUAUGAGUUCAGGGUUUCAUCUGAAAAUGCUGCUGGAGUUGGCAAACCAAGUGCACCAACCGUUUACUACAAGGCAUUAGAUGCUAUCUUCACAUCAGGUCCACCAAAUAAUCCCAAGGUUACUGACACAACAAGAACAUCAGUGUCAUUGUCAUGGGGCAAACCUAUCUAUGAUGGUGGCUGUGAGAUUCAAGGAUACCUAAUAGAGGCAUGUGAAGGAGCAUCUGAUGAAUGGACAAUGUGCACUCCACCUGCUGGAAUCCCACACACUAAAUUUACAGUUAAGAAACUGCUAGAGAAGCAUGAGUAUAAAUUCAGAGUCUGCGCCAUAAACAAGGUUGGAGUUGGUGAGCAUGCAGACGUGCCUGGAUCAGUUCUUCUAGAGGAGAAAUUGGAAGCACCAGAUCUUGAGCUUGAUGCUGACAUGAGGAAGAUGAUUAAUGUCAGAGCUGGAAGCGCUCUCCGAUUGUUCGUUCCUGUUAGAGGACGACCAGCUCCUGAAGUGAAAUGGGCAAAGGUUGAUGGCGAACUUAAAGAGACAGCUCAAAUUGACAAUACAAGCAGUUAUGCCUCACUUUUGAUUGAAAAUGUGGACAGAUUUGACACUGGCAAGUACACUGUUACUGCAGAGAAUUCCAGUGGAGUUAAGUCUGUCUUCAUAAGUGUCAGAGUACUCGAUUCACCUAGUAUGCCUGCAAAUUUUGCCAUCAAAGAGAUAACGAAGAACUCCGUCACACUUACUUGGGAGCCACCUAUAUUGGAUGGUGGGUCUAAAAUUAAGCAUUAUCAUGUUGAAAAACGAGAAAGCACUAGGAAAGUGUAUUCCCGUGUCACAACCUGUCACAAAAUGUCAUGGAAGGUUGAGCCACUUGUGGAGGGUAGUAUCUGUUUCUUCAGAGUUCUUGCUGAAAAUGAGUGGGGCAUUGGAUUACCUGCAGAGACCCCUGAACCCGUAAAGAUUUCAGAGGUACCUCAACCUCCUGGUAAAGUUACAGUUCUGGAUGUGACACGUAAGAGUGUCACUCUUAAGUGGGAGAAACCAGAUCAUGAUGGAGGUAGUAGAAUAAGCCAUUAUGAGAUUGAAAUGCAAGUCAAAGAUAGUGAGAAAUGGACACUAUGUGCUCAAUGUAAAUAUCUUGAAACUACUGUUACUGGCUUAGCCCAAGGAGAGGAGUACCAGUUCAGAGUAAUUGCUGUCAAUAGCAAAGGAAAGAGCGACUCUAGGCUUCUGGCCAGUCCAGUAGUAGCAAAGGACCUUGCCAUUAUACCUGAUAUAAGACCUAAAUUGACACAGUACAGUGUACAGGUCGGCUAUGAUUUGAAGAUUGAAGUUCCCAUUGCUGGACAUCCUAAACCAGUCAUUACAUGGACAAAGGAUGGUGCUCCCCUUAAACAGACGACACGAGUUAAUGUUGUAGACGGUGCACACUUUACACAUUUAACCAUCAAAGAAGCAACAAAAGAAGAUGGUGGAUUGUAUAGUAUUAAUAUUACAAAUGCGCUUGGCUCCAAAGAUGCUACCAUUGAAAUAAUCACACUGGAUAAGCCUGGCCCACCAACAGGCCCAAUUAAGAUGGAUGAUAUUAGUGCUGAAAGUAUCACACUUUCAUGGGAACCACCCACAUACACUGGUGGCUGCCCAAUUUCAAAUUAUGUUGUCCAGAAAAGAGAUACAACCACAACCAACUGGGUUGUAGUUUCUGCCACUGUGGCAAGAACUACCCUGAAAGUGACAAAUCUAAAAACAGGGGCAGAGUACCAGUUCAGAAUAUGUGCUGAAAACAGAUAUGGUAAAAGUUAUUCUAUUGAUUCUGAACCUGUCCUGGCCCAGUAUCCCUUCAAGGAGCCAGGACCACCAGGAACCCCUUACGUAUCUUCAUACACUAAGGAUUACAUGGUUGUGGAAUGGCACAAACCAAUUUCAAAUGGAGGAAGUGCCAUUUUGGGUUAUCACCUUGAGAGAAAGGAGAAGAACAGUAUCCUUUGGACUAAGAUCAAUAAAUCCCUGAUUCAAGACUGUAGGUUUAAAACUACUCCUUUGGAGGAAGGUAUUGAAUAUGAGUUUAGAGUGUCUGCUGAGAAUAUCGUUGGCAUUGGUGCAUGCAGCAAACUCUCUGAAGGAUAUGUUGCACGAGACCCAUGUGAUCCCCCUGGCAUUCCAGAGGCUAUCAUUGUAACCAGACACUCUGUAAAAUUGAAGUGGACAAGACCACAGUAUGACGGCGGCAGUCUGAUCACAGGCUAUGUGGUGGAGAAACGCGAUCUCCCAGAUGGAAGGUGGAUGAAGGCAAGUUUCACAAAUAUAAUUGAUACCGUAUUCACAGUUCUUGGUCUAACUGAGGGUGGCAAAUAUGACUUCAGAGUUGUUGCUAGAAAUGCAGCUGGGUCUAUCAGCAAGCCCUCUGAGAGCACUGGAUCCAUCACAACGAAGGAUGAAGUCGAUCCCCCAAAAUGUGAAGUUGACUCAGUGUACAACCAAGUUGUCGUCGUCAAUGCUGGAGAAACAUUCACACUUGAGGCCUCUGUACAAGGAAAGCCAAUUCCAACAGCUCAGUGGUUUAAGAGUGAAGCACUGGUGGAGAAUACAGCUAGGGCAGAGAUUAUGAACUCAGAUUUCCAAGCAAAACUUGUUGUCAAAGAUUCUAUCAGAGUGGAUGGAGGACAAUAUACUCUUCUUUUAACUAAUGUUGCUGGAGAAAAAUCGGUAACAUUCAAUGUAAGAGUACUGGAUAGACCUGGCCCCCCUGAGGGACCCCUCACUGUCAGCAAUGUCACAUGUGAGAAAUGCUCACUGUCCUGGCUUCCACCAAGGGCUGAUGGCGGUAGCAGUAUUUCCCACUACAUAAUUCAGAAGAGAGAAACUAGCCGUCUUGCAUGGACUGUGGUUUCCAUUGAUUGUGGAGCUACAAUGUUCAAAGUCACAAAGCUUCUGAAGGGAAAUGAGUACAUCUUCCGUGUGAUGGCUGUCAACAAAUAUGGUACUGGUGAACCUCUUGAAUCAGCCCCAGUUAUAAUGAGAAAUCCAUUUGUUACUCCCGGACCACCUAGAGAAUUGGAAAUUGCCAAUAUUGCAAGGGAUUCUAUGACUGUGUGCUGGACUCGCCCACUUGUUGAUGGUGGAAGUGAGAUUGUUGGUUAUAUUGUUGAGAAGAGAGACAGAGCUGGAAUCAGAUGGACAAAAUGCAACAAACGCAGAGUCACAGACCUUCGCUUCAGAGUGACAGGCCUGACAGAGGAUCAUGAGUAUGAAUUCAGAUUAUCUGCUGAGAAUGCUGCAGGAAUCGGACAACCAAGUGAACCAACUCCUUACACCAAAGCCUGUGAUCCAACCUUUGAACCAGGCCCUCCCACUAAUGCACAUGUGGUUGAUACUACCAAGGACUCCGUUACAGUAGCAUGGAGUAGACCCAUUUACGAUGGGGGUGUCAAUAUCCAGGGAUAUGCUGUGGAGAUCUGCAAAGCUGAUGAGGAGGAAUGGACCCUAUGCACUCCACCAAUGGGAGUGAAUGCCACUACCUUCAAAAUCACAAAACUUAUUGAGCAUCAAGAAUAUAAGGUGCAAAUAUGUGCCAUCAAUAAAUUGGGUGUUGGUGAACCUGCUGAGGUUCUAGGAACCAUAAAACCGGUUGAUGCUAUGUUUGCCCCAGAGAUAGAGCUGAAUUCAGAGCUAAGGAAAGGAGUUGUUGUCCGUGCUGGAGGAUCCAUGAGGAUAAAUAUUCCAUUCAAAGGACGUCCUAUUCCAGAAAUAAGCUGGUCAAAGGAUGAGGGUGACUUGACUAACAAAGUUCAAAUUGAGAAAGGCACAGAUUUUACUCAACUUUCAAUAGACAUCUGUGACAGAAAUGAUGCUGGGAAGUACACUCUUACCCUGGCGAACAGCAGCGGUUCCAAGUCUGCAUUUGUGUCUGUAAAAGUGCUUGAUACACCAGGAGCACCUGUAAAUCUGACAGUGAAAGAUAUUAAGAAAAACUCUGUUUACCUGGUUUGGGAGCCCCCAAUCAUUGAUGGAGGUGCAAGGGUCAAGAAUUACUACGUUGAAAAGCGUGAAUCAACUAGGCAAGCUUAUUCCAACAUUUCAAACAAAUGUGUAAGGAACAGUUUCCAUGUGGGAGAUCUCAUUGAGGGAGCAAUUUACUACUUCAGAGUUAUGGCUGAAAAUGAAUAUGGUGUAGGCCUGGCAGCAGAAACAGAAGAUCCAGUGAAGACAUCAGAAAUCCCUCUCCCAGUAGGAAAGAUCACAUUGACUGAAGUUACUAAGAAAACUGCCUCUAUGGCAUGGGAAAAACCAGACCAUGAUGGCGGAAGCAGGAUAAUUGGAUACUAUAUAGAAAUGCUUCCUGCAGGAUCAGAAGAAUGGAUCUUAACCACAACCACAAAGACAUGUGAGGGAACUGUGGAAGGCUUAACCGCGGGUCAAGAAUACCAAUUCAGAAUUUCAGCCUUUAAUGACAAAGGAAAGAGUGACACAAGAGUAUUAGCGGCACCAGUCACAGCAAGAGAUUUGACUAUUGAACCUAGUUUUGUAAUAGCAUUUAACACCUUCAGUGUCCAACAUGGGGAAGAUCUGAAAAUUGAAAUACCUGUAAGAGGACGUCCAGAACCAAAAGUGGUUUGGACAAAGGAUGGACACACAAUUAAAGAGACAACCAGGUUGAAUGUUUCAAGAACACCAUCAUCAACAAUUCUUGCUAUAAGAGAAGCAACAAGAGAUGAUUCUGGCAAGUACAAAAUUACAGCUACUAACAGUAUAGGUGAAAAGUUUGCAGAAAUCAGAGUAAUCAUCCUUGAAAAACCUGGGCCAGUCACAGGACCUAUAAAGAUUGAGGAAGUGAGUUCCAAUUAUGUCAACCUUGCAUGGGAACCACCUGUGUACACAGGAGGUUGUCAAAUAAACAAUUACGUUGUGGAAAAACGUGACACCACAACUGUAGCAUGGCAGUGUGUGUCUGCAACCGUUGCAAGAACAACUAUCAAAGUUACCAACUUGAAAACUGGCACUGAAUACCAGUUUAGGGUGUUUGCAGAAAACAGAUAUGGAAAGAGUCCAGCAGUGGACUCAGCAGCUGUUGUUGUACAAUAUCCUUUCAGUGAACCUCUUGCACCUGGUACUCCAUUUGUUUCAUCUGUGACAAAGGACCACAUGAUUGUUGAAUGGAAAGCACCAACCAGUAAUGGAGGUAGUCCAAUCAUUGGUUACCACCUUGAACGCAAAGAGAAGAAUAGUAUUCUCUGGACAAAGCUGAAUAAAAUGCUUAUUCCUGACUGUCACUACAAAACAAGUGAACUUGAAGAGGGAAUUGAGUAUGAAUUCAAGGUCUUUGCUGAAAACAUUGCUGGACUGAGUCCACCUAGCAAGAUUUCUGAUGUUUGUGUUGCCAGAGACCCAUGUGAUCCACCUGGUACCCCUGAGGCUAUUGAUAUUACUAGGAAUCAUGUUACACUGUCUUGGACAAGGCCACAGUAUGAUGGUGGUAGCCUUAUCACAGGUUAUGUUGUGGAAAGGAAAAAGCUUCCUGAUGGCCGUUGGAUGAAGGCAAGCUUCACAAACAUAAUUGAGACUCAAUUCACCAUCUCAGGUUUGACUGAAGAAUGUGAGUAUGAGUUCAGAGUAAUUGCAAGAAAUGCUGCUGGUAUUUUCAGCGCACCAUCUGAAAGCACUGGUGUAAUUACUGCUAAAGAUGAAAUUGAAGCACCAACAGCAUCAAUGGAUCCAAAGUUCAAGGAUUGUAUUGUUGUCCAUGCUGGUGAAACCUUUGUAAUUGAUGCUGAUAUAUUUGGAAAACCUCUACCUGAAAUCAGAUGGUUGAAAGAUGGAAAAGAAAUCGACCAAACUACCCCAAGAAUGGAGAUCAAAACAACCAUUCAACGCACAAUUCUAACAGUCAAAGAGUGUAUCAGAGUAGAUGGAGGACAUUUUGUCCUGAGUCUUAGCAAUGUUGGUGGCACAAAAUCUAUUCCUGUUAAUGUGAAAGUUCUUGAUAGACCUGGUCCACCUGAAGGUCCUAUGAAGAUAACUGGUGUGACUGCAGAAAAAGCAUAUCUUCACUGGAGUCAUCCAUUGCAUGAUGGUGGAGCUAGCUGUUCUCAUUACAUUAUUGAAAAGAGGGAAACCAGCAGACUGUCAUGGACUGUAGUCGAACCAAGAAUCCAAGCUAUAAGCUACAAAGUAACAAAACUAUUGCCUGGCAAUGAAUAUAUAUUCAGGGUUACGGCAGUGAAUAAGUUUGGUGUUGGUGAACCUCUUGAAUCUGACCCAGUUAUUGCACGUAAUCCUUUUGUGACACCAAGCGCUCCCUCAACACCUGAAGUAAGUGCUAUUACAAGGGACUCCAUGGUGCUUACAUGGGAACGUCCAGAAAAGGAUGGUGGCUCAGACAUAGAUGGCUAUGUCUUGGAGAAACGAGAUAAAGAUGGCGUAAGAUGGACAAAAUGCAACAAGAAAAGACUUAAUGACAUUAGGUUCAGAUGCACUGGACUCACGGAGGGACACUGGUAUGAGUUCAGGGUAUCUGCUGAAAAUGCUGCUGGUGUAGGAGUGCCAAGUGCACCUACAGCAUACAUAAAAGCCUGUGAUGCAACAUACCCACCUGGCCCUCCCAGCAACCCCAAGGUUACAGACCAAUCAAGCACAACUGUGUCCCUCUUAUGGACAAGGCCAAUCUAUGAUGGUGGAGCAGCCAUCAAAGGAUACGUUGUUGAGAUGAGAGAAAAAGGGGAUGAAGAAUGGAUAACCUGUACACCACCAACUGGGGUACAAGAAACACACUUCACUGUGAAAAAACUGAGGGAAAAUACUGAAUACUAUUUCCGCAUCUGUGCAAUUAACAUUGAAGGAGUGGGUGAGCAUGUUGAUGUUCCAGGGUCUGUAGUUGCAUCUGAAAAACUUGAGGCCCCUGAGAUUGAACUUGAUUCAGACCUUAGGAAAAUUGUCCAAGUACGGGCAAGCGCAACACUGCGUUUGUUUGUCACAAUCAAAGGCAGACCUGAACCUGAAGUAAAGUGGUCCAAGAUGGACGGCACUCUUACUGAGCGUGCACAAAUUGAGGUCACAAGCUCAUACACCAUGCUUGUCAUCGACAAUGUCAACAGAUUUGACACUGGGAAAUAUGUGUUGACUCUUGAGAACAAUAGCGGUCAAAAAUCUGCAUUCAUUAAUGUCAGAGUGUUGGAUUCACCAAGUGCACCUGAGAACUUUGAAGUCAAGGACAUUAAGAGAGAUUCGGUAUCACUAUCCUGGGAGCCUCCUUUGAUUGAUGGUGGAGCUAAAAUUACACAUUACAUUGUGGAAAAGAGAGAUACUACAAGACUGGCAUUUACAAGUGUUUCAACUAACUGUGUCAGAAAUUCAAUCAAGAUUGAUGGCCUGACAGAAGGUGGAAUUUACUUUUUCCGUGUCAAAGCUGUUAAUGAGCUUGGUGUUGGUUUGCCAGCAGAAACAACACAACCAAUCAAGGUAUCCCAAGCUCCCUUGCCUCCUGGCAAAAUUACAGUUCUAGAUGUUACUCGUAACAGUGUGAGUCUUGCAUGGGAAAAGCCUGAUCAUGAUGGUGGUAGCAAAAUCACUAGCUACACAGUAGAAAUGCAAACCAAGGGUGAUGAGAAAUGGAGUGUAUGUACUGAGAUUAAAGCAUUGGAAGCAACUAUUGGUGGACUUACAAGUGGAGAGGAAUAUUCCUUUAGAAUAAUUGCUGUCAAUGACAAAGGCAAGAGUGAACCUAAGCCACUGGCAUAUCCUGUCAUAGUAAAAGACCUUACAAUUGAACCUAUCAUCGACUUGAUGUUCAACACAUACAGUGUCAAAGCAGGAGACGAUCUAAAGAUAAAUGUCCCAUUCAGAGGUCGACCUGAACCUGAAGUUACAUGGAAAAAAGAUGGAGCUGUAUUGAAGCAGACAACAAGGGUGAAUGUUUUAGCAGCCAAGAAUUCCUCAAAAAUAACUAUCAAAGAUGCAACAAGGGAGGACUUUGGAAAAUAUGAGAUCACUUUAACAAAUGCAAUUGGCAAGGCAUCUGCCACAAUAUCAGUUAUCAUCUUGGAUAAACCUGGCCCACCAGGUGCAAUCAAGGUAGAUGAAGUGAGUGCUGACAGUAUUUCACUAUCUUGGGACCCCCCACUAUACACUGGAGGAUGUCAAAUCAACAACUAUGUUGUAGAGAAGAGAGAUACUACCACUACAGCAUGGCAGAUUGUUUCAGCUACAGUUGCCAGAACAUCAAUAAAAGUUCCUAGAUUGACCCAAGGCACUGAAUAUCAGUUCCGUAUUGCAGCUGAAAACAGAUAUGGCAAGAGCCAAGCUGUGGACUCCUCAAUAAUUGUUGCACAGUACCCCUUCAAACCCCCUGGCGUUCCCACUUCACUCCAUGUUGCCCAUGCUACAAAGUCUGGCAUGUUGGUUAAAUGGGGUAAACCAGCCAGUGACGGCGGAAGUCCAAUCAUCGGUUAUCACCUUGAAAUGAAAGACCAUAGCAGUAUUUUAUGGACAAAGGUCAAUAGAGGUCUUAUUGCUGAAACAGAAUUCAAAGUUAUUGGCAUUGAGGAAAGCUUGCUGUAUGAGUUCCGUGUUUAUGCUCAAAAUAUUGCUGGAAUUGGACCUUGCACUAAAGCCAGUGAGCCUGUAGCUGCAAGAGAUCCUUGUGAUCCACCCGUUAACCUUGAGGUAAUUGACAUAACACGAACGUCAGUUUCCGUUACUUGGCAGCCGCCAGAGAGUGAUGGUGGAGCCAAGGUGACUGGCUACAUUGUUGAACGCAGGGAGCUUCCAGAUGGCCGUUGGCUGAAGUGCAAUUUCACUAAUCUCCAGGAAACAUACUUCAACAUUACAGGCCUUACAGAGGACGCAGAGUAUGACUUCCAUGUUAUUGCAAAAAAUGCAGCUGGGUUACUCAGUCAGCCAUCAUUGGGCACAGGUGCCAUUACUGUCAAGGAUGAGGUGGAUCCACCUCGCAUUGAGUUGGAAGACAGAUUUAGGCAAUUAGUUGUUGUCAAAGCUGGAGAUAUUUUGAGAAUAGAUGCAGAUAUUUCUGGGCGCCCACGGCCAGUCAUUGCGUGGACAAAGGACGGUAAAGAAAUUGAUGCCAAGGCAAGAGUUGAGAUUACUUCAACACACAGCACCACCACAUUGAUAGUCAGAGACACUAUCCGAAGAGACUCUGGACAGUACAUUGUAACUCUACAGAAUGUUGCUGGUACAAGGUCGUUGGCUAUAAAUUGUAAAGUCCUUGACAUCCCUGGGCCAUCCUCUGGACCAUUGUCAGUCUCUGGUCUGACAGCAGAGAAGUGCACUUUGACUUGGGGACCACCUCAGGAAAAUGGUGGUGCCGAAAUCAUGCAUUACAUCGUUGAAAAACGGGAAACCAGCCGCCUAGCAUGGACUUUGGUAUAUGCAGAUAUGAAGGCUACAACGUGCAAAGUCACGAAACUGCUUAAAGGAAAUGAAUACAUAUUUAGAGUAAGGGGAGUGAACAAAUAUGGAGAGGGUGAAGCCUUGGAGAGUGAGCCCACCAGAGCCAAGAAUCCAUACACUGUCCCUUCAGCCCCAACUAAUGUUGAAAUCACAAGCAUUACAAGUGAAGCAAUGACAAUCUGCUGGGAAAGACCUGCCUCCGAUGGAGGAAGCAGCAUUUAUGGCUAUGUUAUUGAGAAACGCGAAAAACUUGGAUUACGCUGGAUACGUGUGAACAAAAAGCCUGUCUAUGACCUCAGAGUCAAGGCAUCUAAUCUACGUGACGGAUGUGAAUAUGAAUACAGAGUCUAUGCAGAAAAUGCCGCAGGCUUGAGUCUCCCAAGUAUUCCUUCUGAACUUACAAAGGCAGAGGAUCCCCAAUUCCUACCAUCUCCACCACCUAAACCUAAAGUUAUUGACUCUACCAAGACUACUGUUACUCUUUCAUGGAAUAAGCCAUUGUUUGAUGGCGGGGCUCCUGUUACAGGGUACUGUGUUGAAUACCGGCGAACAGAUGAACACGAUGAUGACUGGUGUGUCGCUGUUUCAAACACAAAGAACACUGAAUUUACCGUUGUUGGAUUAACGUCAGGAACAGAAUAUAUAUUUGUUGUCAGAUCAAUUAACAAGAUUGGUCUCAGCGAGCCAAGCCCAGCUACAGAUCCACAGGUGGCUAAGGAGAGAGAAGAGGAACCUGUAUUCGAUAUCAGCAAUGAAAUGAGAAAGACACUCAACGUAAAGGAUGGCAGUUCAUUCACCCUAACUGUGCCAUUCAGGGGCAAGCCUGUACCAAAUGUUAUGUGGACCAAGGCAGGUGUUGACCUGAGAGUGAGGGCCAGUAUUGAUAGCACGGAUACAUUCACAUCUAUUACAGUGGAAAAGGCAACAAGAGAUGACUCUGGAAAAUACAUGGUGACACUCCAAAAUACAGCUGGGAAAGUCGCAUGUACAUUGAAUGUCAGAGUUCUUGACUCUCCUGGCCCACCAUCUAAUGUUGGGUUUAAAGACGUCACUAAGAGCUCAGCCACAGUUACAUGGGAUACCCCAGAUAACGAAGGCGGUGCUGCAGUGAAGAACUAUCUUGUUGAUAUUCGUGAGGCAAGCAAAAAGGGAUGGACCAGACUUACAGAUACCUGCCAUCGUUUGACCUACAAAGUAACAGACCUGGUGGAGGGAGGAGUGUACUACUUUAGAGUCACUGGUGAAAAUGAGUAUGGUGUUGGCGUACCAGCUGAGAGCAAAGUUGGAGCAAAAAUUACAGAAAAACCUUCCCCACCAGCAUCACUUGGAGUCACUGAUAUCACCAAGGAGAGUGUCUCACUUGUUUGGGGCAAGCCAGAGCAAGAUGGAGGUAGUAGAAUCACCAGUUACCAAAUCGAUGCUCUUGAGAAGGGUCAGGAUAAGUGGAUGAAAGUUGGUGUCACCAAGUUCACCCACAUUGUGGUCUAUGGCUUGACGCAAAAUGCUGAAUACUUCUUCAGAGUGCGCGCUGAAAAUCUUGCUGGAUUCAGUGAUGCUAAAGACAUGGUUCAGCCUGUAACUAUUAAAGAUCAGCAUGAACCUCCUGAGAUUAACAUGAAGAAUUUCCCUCACAAUACAGUCUAUGUCAAAGCAGGAUCAAACCUAAAAUGUGAGAUCCCACUAACUGGCAGACCUAUGCCAAAGAUUUCUCUUUCAAAGGACAGUGUUGUACUGAAGUCAACUAUGAGAUUCAACUCUGAAGUAACUCCUGAAUACCUUAUCAUUACUCUUCGUGAGAGCAUUGCUAUUGAUUCAGGAAGGUAUGACAUAUGUGCCUCCAACACCAGUGGAACCACCAAGUCUUUCCUUAACAUCGUAGUCCUUGAUAGACCCAGCGCCCCAGUUGGUCCUGUGGAAAUAUCUGAUGUAACAGAGGACAGUGUGAGUCUGAAGUGGUCCCCUCCUCAUUAUGAUGGAGGAAGUGCAAUUUCAAAUUACAUCAUCCUCAAGCGUGAAACAACGAAUGCCAACUGGACAGAGGUCUCUUCUGCUGUCGCAAGAUGCACCUUGAAAGUCAUGAAGCUAACAACGGGACUUGAGUACCAGUUCAGAAUCAGGGCUGAAAAUCGCUAUGGCAUCAGUGAGCACAUAGACUCUCCAACAGUCAGAGUGGAUCUGCCCUACAGUGUCCCAGAAGCACCAUCUGCUCCUACAAUAACAUCUGUUACCAAAGAGAGCAUCACUGUUGCCUGGAAGGAGCCAGCAUCCAAUGGUGGCAGCCAUGUCUUUGGAUACCACCUUGAGAUGAAGGACAGAAAUAGCAUCUGUUGGCAGAAAGUGAACAGGAAUGUUAUACGUGCCACACACUACAAGGUGCCAAACAUCGCUGCCGGCCUCAUCUAUGAGUUCAGAGUUGCAGCAGAAAAUGCAGCUGGAUGCAGUCCACUCAGCAAAGUCUCAGAUGCAGUACUUGCAAUUGAUGCCUGUGAGCCCCCAACCAAUGUUAGGAUUACUGACAUCACCAAGACUUCCAUCAGCAUUGCAUGGGAAAAGCCCAGUUAUGAUGGCGGUAGCAAGAUCACAGGAUACCUGAUUGAGAAGAAAGAAGGCACGAAAGGCAGAUGGGUGAAGGCCAACUUGAUCAACGUUUCUGACACACAUUAUACCGUCACAGGACUUACUCAGGAUGAAACCUAUGAAUUUAGAGUCAUGGCAAAUAAUGCAGUUGGAUCCAUUAGCAAUCCAUCCAUCAUUGCAGGCCCAGCAACUUGCGUGGAUACAUUUGGUGCCCCUGAAAUUGAAAUUCCUGAUGAAUAUCGUGAGGUUGUGAAACAUAAAGCUGGAACCACUUUCGAGCUUAAGUUUGGAAUCAUUGCCAAACCUGCGCCGACAAUUGAGUGGUACAAGGACGGAAAGGAACUUGAUCCCAAAACCCAGGCCCAGUUGGAACAGAGAAACACUUUUGAUAGUUCCUCACUGACCAUUAGGGAUGCCACACGUCUCAACUCUGGAUCAUAUGAGAUUAGACUCAAGAACUCUUUGGGAUCAUCAUGUGCCUACGUUAGAGUACAAGUUCUUGAUAAACCAGGACCUCCCGCUGGUUUGAUUCAGCUCAAAAAGGUAACUGCUAACAGUAUCACCAUAAUGUGGGAUCCUCCAGCGGAUGAGGGUGGUGCAAUGGUUACCCACUACAUCGUGGAGAAACGGGAAGCCAGCAGAAUUCAAUGGUCCAUUAUCUCUGAGAAUUUGCCAGAAUGUAUAGUUAAUGUCCCAAGACUGAUCCAAGGCAAUGAGUACAUCUUCAGAGUCCGCGGAGUGAACAAAUAUGGCAUUGGAGACCCACUGGAAUCUGAACCUGUAGAAGCAAAGAAUGCAUUUGUUCCUCCAGGUCAACCAUCUAAGCCUCAGGUCACCAUGAUCACACACUCUUCAAUGACCGUGGUGUGGGAAAGACCGGGAAUUGAUGGCGGAAGUGACAUAGAUGGAUAUUACCUGGAAAAACGUGAAAAGACAAGCUUACAAUGGUUCAAGGUUGUCAAAGGCUCAAUUCGUGACACAAGACAGAAAGUCAGCAACCUGUUGACUGGAAAAGAGUAUCAGUAUCGUGUAUGUGCUGUCAACAAGGCUGGCGCUGGUCCAUACUCAAAGGAGUCUGAUCUCUUCAAAGCUGCUGAUGCAGUUGACCCACCAGGUGAGCCAACCAAACUCAGAGUUGUCGACUCUACUAAAACAUCCAUCACUCUGGGUUGGGUGGCACCAGUGUAUGAUGGUGGCAGCGAGAUAAAAAGCUACAUUGUCGAGCAGAUGACCUCAGAUGAAAGGGAAUGGGUUGUCAUCAGCUCCAGUGGAGAAGUGAGAACAACAGAGUAUGUUGUGAAUCACUUGAAACCAGGAAUCUAUUACUACUUCCGCGUAUCAGCUGUGAACUGUGUGGGACCCGGUCAACCGAUUGAGAUGUACCAGCCUGUUCAAUCAAAGGAUAUUCUGGAGGAGGCUGAUCUUGAUUUGGAUGUCCCCAUGACGACUCAAUACACUGUUAAGGCAGGAAGGGAUAUUGAGGUGUUUAUUCCACUGAAGGGCAGACCUGCACCAAACUGCACAUGGAGAAGACAUGACAAGAACAUGGCCAGCGACACAAGAUACACUAUCACUAGCACAGAACGUACCACAGUCCUUGUCAUUCCAAAAGUCACCCGUGACGACUGUGGAAAGUACUACCUGGAGAUUGAGAAUGGUGUCGGCGAGUCCAAGGUCAUCACUGUGUCUGUCAAGGUUCUUGAUACCCCGUCCUCUUGUCAGAAACUGAUGGUUAAGAAUGUCACUAGAGGCAAGUUGUCCCUGAGUUGGGAAGCUCCUCUGAUCGAUGGUGGUUCCCCAGUCACUAAUUACAUUGUGGAGAAGAAGGACGCUAACAACAGAGCAUAUACAAUUGUGACAUCAGAGUGCACCAACACAUCAUACAAAAUUGUGGGGCUGUCAGAUGAAAUUGAAUACUUUUUCAGAGUGUCGGCUGAGAAUGAGUAUGGUGCUGGUGACACAUGUGAGACAAUAGAGCCAGUCAGGGCCACUGAGACACCUGGACCAGUCAAGGAGCUAGUCAUGACGGACUCUACCAAAACAUCAGUGACUCUUCAUUGGACUAAGCCUGACCAUGAUGGUGGGAGCCACAUUUCAGACUAUGUCAUUGAGAUGAAAAUUAAAGGGGAAGAAACCUGGACUGCUGCUGCAACAUCCAAGCGUUGUACAUGUGAGGUUACAAACUUGAAAGAAAAUUCUGUGGUGGACUUUAGAGUAUUCUCUAAGAAUGAGAAGGGCAGAAGUGACUUCUCUCAGAUUGGGCCCAUAACAGUAAAAGAGUUAAUUAUUCCACCUGAGGCCAACAUGGUAGAUUAUCCAGAGGGUGAACUCUUUGUUCGUGUUGGUCAAAACAUCCACAUUGAGAUGCCAUUCAAGGGUAAACCAAAACCACAUGUUGGAUGGAUGAAGGAAAACAUUCCCUUGAAAGAAAGUGAAAAUAUUCGCUUUUGGGAAACAGACAACAAAGUGUCUUUGACAGUCAGAAAUGCUAAAAAAGAAAAUGCAGGCUUAUACACAUUGGUUCUGGAUAACAGGAUUAUCAAGAAUUUCUUUGACGUCAAUGUGACCAUUCUCGGACCCCCAUCUGUGCCAGUUGGACCAGUCCGUUUCGAUGAGAUCAAAGCACAGAGCAUCAUUAUAUCUUGGGAUGAACCACAGGACAAUGGAGGUGGAGAGAUCACUUGCUACAGUGUGGAAAAACGAGAGACAUCCCAGGCCAUCUGGAAGAUAGUUUGCUCUAGUGUGGUUAGGACAACAUUCAAGAUACCCAACCUGGUGAAGGGUACAGAAUACCAAUUUAGAGUACGUGCAGAGAACAAAUAUGGAGUGAGCAAUUCUUUGCAUUCACCAAAUGUGAUAGCCCAACACCAGUACAUGCCACCAGGUGCACCAGGAAAACCAGUCACUUACAAUGUUACAAGUGAUGGCAUGACUAUCCAAUGGGACGCACCCAGCUUUGAUGGCGGCUCACCAGUCACUGGCUACCAUGUUGAGAAAAAGGACAGAAACAGUCUGCUAUGGACCAAGGUCAAUUCCACCAUCAUUUCUGGCCGUGAAUAUAGGAUCACCCAGCUGAUUGAAGGACUGGAGUAUUCCUUUAGAGUCUAUGCAGAGAAUAAUGCUGGCCUUAGUCCCGUCAGUGAACAGAGCAAACACGCCCUUGCAAUUUGUCCAGUUGACCCACCUGGUACUCCUAACGUCAUUGAUGUCACAAGAGACACUGUCACACUCAAAUGGGAUGUACCCAAGAAAGAUGGAGGUUUUAAAAUUGUGGCAUACGGCGUGGAGAGACGCCAAGGCGGGGGCAAAUGGUUGAGAUGCAACUUCACAGACAUUAGUGAAUCUCAGUUCACCGUCACUGCAUUAUCUCCUGGUGAUCGCUAUGAAUUCAGAGUGUACGCAAGAAAUGCUGUCGGUACAGUCAGUCCACCCUCACAGUCAUCUGGCCACGUCAUGACCAAAGACGAAAGUGUUUCUCCAAACAUUGAGUUCAGUGCUGACACUGCUCUGGUGUACAAGGCUGGUGAGAAUAUCAAACUGAACUGCAGCAUUACUGGACGACCUGUGCCUCAGGUUAUAUGGUACAAGGAUGGUAAUGAGAUUGACAAGAAGAUGUUGAUUGAUAUUACAAUUAACAUUGGCACCAGUAGCCUGUUCAUCAGAGAUGCUAAUCGUAACCACCGUGGAGUUUACACGGUAGAGGCCAAGAACAGCUCGGGAACAAAGACAGAGAGUGUCCACAUUAGAGUCUCAGAUACCCCUGGACCGCCUGAGGGACCAAUUCGUUUCACAGGUAUCACUGCAGAAAAGGCCACUGUCUGGUGGAACCCUCCAGAGAACGAUGGAUGUGCUCCAAUCCUCUGUUAUACAGUGGAGAAGAGAGAAACAUCUAGGAUCUCCUGGGCAAUGGUCACAAGCAAGUGUGAAGCUUGUUCAUUCAAUGCCACAAAGCUAAUCAAGGGCAAUGAGUACCAGUUCCGUAUCUCUGCUGUCAACAAGUUUGGAGUUGGACGUCCAUUGGACUCUGAUCCAUUCAUUGCAAAGAUGCAAUUCACUGUUCCAGACGCACCAGGUACACCUGAUGCCACAAAUGUGACUGGAGAUACCAUUACACUAGGCUGGACAAGACCCAGAUCAGAUGGAGGAAAUGAGAUUAAGCACUAUAUCCUGGAAAGACGUGAGAAAAAGAGCUUACAAUGGGUGAAGGUUUCUUCCAAGAGACCAAUCACUGAGCUCAGACACAGAGUGACAAACCUGACGGAAGGAAAUGAGUAUGAAUUCCGUGUCAUGGCUGAAAAUGGUGCUGGAAUUGGACCUGCAAGCAGCACAUCAAGACUCUUUAAAUGCAGAGAGCCGACAAGCGCACCAAGUGCACCUUCUUUGGUGAAGAUCACUGACUCCACAAAGUCAUCUGUUACCCUUGAAUGGGUCAAGCCUGUGUUUGAUGGUGGUAUGGAGAUUAUUGGCUAUGUCAUUGAGAUGUGCAAGGCAAGCCUUAAUGAAUGGCACCAAGUCAAUAAAACAGCUUGUAUCAACACCACUUACACUGCUACUGGUUUAACGGCUGGUGAGCUAUAUAGGUUCCGUGUGCGUGCUGUGAAUGGGUCUGGAAAAGGAGAAGCAUGUGCAAUUUCUAAUCCAGUGCAAGCUGUUGAUAGACUGACGUCACCAGAAAUUCUCCUUGAUGCAGACUUCAAACAGACGCAUGUUGUGAAAAACGGUGCCCCAGUCACUCUUCAUAUUGCUUUCCGUGGUAAGCCAAUUCCAAUGGCUACGUGGACCAAGGCCAAUGAAGAACUUGGUGUCAUGACAGAUAUUAACACCACAGACACAUACAGUACCUUGACCAUUGAACGCUGUAGCCGUUAUGACUCUGGAAAAUACACAUUAUCCCUUGAGAACAAUGGUGGACGCAAAUCAAUCACAUUGACAGUGAAGGUGCUUGAUACACCAGGACCUCCAGGAACAAUCAGCUUCAAGGAUGUGACCAGAGGUGCUCUGACAAUGCUAUGGGACGCACCAGCUAAUGAUGGCGGAGCACGCAUUCAGCACUACAUCGUAGAAAAGCGAGAGGCUAGUCGUCUCAGCUGGCAGUCAGUCAGUGAAAAAUGUUCACGUCAAAUGAUCAGAAUUACCAACCUUGGAAUAGGUGUGCCUUACCUGUUUAGAAUCACUGCUGAAAAUGUGUAUGGCAAGGGAGAACCCUGUGAGAUGACUGAACCAAUUACUGCUACUGAGGUGCCCGCUCCACCCAAGAGUCUUGAUAUAAUUGACACUACAAAUUCCACCGCUACCUUGGCUUGGCUGAAACCUGACCACGAUGGUGGCAGCCGCAUUACAGGUUACAUUGCUGAGGCCAAAGCAAAGGGCUCUACUCGCUGGGUUGUUGGAGGACAAACAAAACACCUGAAGUUAGUCAUUGAGGGCUUGAUAGAGAACACAGAAUAUGACUUCCGCAUCAAGGCUAUCAACGAAGCUGGUAUCAGUGACCCAAGAGAUGCCUUAGCAUCCGUUGUCAUCAAGGAGCCAAAGAUUGAGCCCACAGCAGACCUCAGUGGCAUCAGCAACCAGCUGAUCAUAUGCAAGACUCAUGAUACCUUCACCAUUGAUAUUCCCAUCAGUGGUAGACCAGCUCCAAAAGCCACAUGGAAACUGGAGGAGAUGAAGCUAAAAGAGACCGAUAGAGUGAUCAUCAAGACUACCACAGAGAAGACCACCCUAGUGGUAAAAGACAGCAAGAGAGAAGAUAGUGGAAAAUACUACCUCACUCUGGACAAUGCUGCCGGAGCAAAGACAUUUGCUGUAACUGUCAACAUUGUUGGAAGACCCAGUCCACCAGUGGGACCCAUUGAAAUCUCUGCAGUAACGUCAGACGGCUGCUCAUUGGCUUGGGCAGCAUCAGAGGACGAUGGUGGAACAGACAUUGACAACUACAUCGUUGAGAAGCGUGAAUCUGGAUCUACAUCCUGGCAAGUGGUGAACUCAAGCUGUAAACGCACCACGAUCAAAGUUAGCCAUCUGACCAAAUACAUGGAGUACACCUUCCGUGUAUCUGCUGAGAACAAGUACGGUGUGAGCAGGUCCAUUGAGUCCGCAGCUGUUGUCAUUGAGCAUCCAUUUGUUCCACCAAGUCCACCAACUCGCCCAGAUGUAGUGUCAAUAACUGCUAAUGCUAUCGCCAUCAAAUGGGAUCUGCCAUACGAUGAUGGCGGCAGCAAGGUGACCGGAUACUGGAUUGAGAAGAAGGAGAGGAACACCAUUCUUUGGGUCAGGGAAAACAAGCUCCCUUGCCUGGAUACCCAAUACAAAGUCUCAAAUCUCAUUGAAGGCCUGGAAUACCAGUUUAGAGUUUAUGCUAUGAAUAUUGCUGGUCUCAGCAAAGCCAGUGAAGCCUCAAGACCAGUGCUGGCUUUGAACCCAGUGGAUCCUCCCAGUAAACCAGAGGUGACUGAUGUCACGAGGUCCUCAGUGACAAUCACAUGGGGUAUACCUUUCAACGAUGGUGGCAGCAAGAUUGUUGGAUAUGUUGUUGAGCGCAAGCCAUGGAGUGAUGAUGAGUGGGAUGAUGCCCGCUGGUUGAAGUGUAACUACACCACCAUCACAGAGACACACUUCACUGUCGGAGGACUGGGUGAAGGGGAAAUCUAUGAAUUCCGUGUCAUUGCCAAAAAUGGAGCCGGCGUUCACAGUGCACCAUCUGAAACAACUGGACCAAUCACCUGCAAGGACGAAUACACUCCUCCCAAGGCUGAACUUGACAGCUCUCUUGUUGGAGAGACAGUGACUAUACAGGCUGGGUCAGACCUGGUCCUUGAUGGUGCCGUUGGUGGUAAACCUGAACCCAAAGUAUGGUGGGCCAAGGGUGACAAGGUCCUGGAACUGGGAGAGAAAUACUCUCUGACAUACACUAGUUCAAGAGCCAUGGCCAUCAUCAAGUCCUGCAAUAGAAAUGACACUGGAAGAUAUGUUCUGACUGUGAAGAACGCCAGUGGAACCAAGACAGCGUCUGUGAAUGUUAAAGUGUUAGAUACACCAGGGCCUCCUGAUGGCAAGAUCACCAUUUCUAGGGUGACAGAAGAGAAGUGUACAGUGUCUUGGAAGAUCCCUCCAGAGGAUGGCGGAGAUCUGGUAACCCAUUACAUUGUAGACAGGCGUGAGACCAGCAGACUUAACUGGGUGAUCAUGGAGACCGAGUGCAAGACUCUGUCCUGCGUCAGCUCCAAACUGAUCAAGGACAACGAGUACAUCUUCCGUGUUAGGGGUGUCAACAAGUAUGGACCUGGUGUGCCCUUGGAGUCUGAGCCUGUCAUCGCCAGAAAUGCAUACACUAUACCGUCACAACCUGGAGCACCCGAAAUCACUGCAGUAGGAAAGGAACACGUCAUCAUUGAAUGGAUGAAACCUGAGAGUGAUGGUGGAAGUGAGAUAAAGAAUUACCUGGUGGACAAACGUGAAAAGAGUAGUUCCAGGUGGACCAGGGUCAAUAAGACUUUUACCAUCUAUGACAUCCGCCUGAAGAUCACUGGUCUGCUGGAAGGCAGUGAUUACCAGUUCCGUGUUACCGCUGUGAACGCAGCUGGAAACAGCCAACCCAGUGAACCAUCUCAGUAUGCCUGUUGUAGAGAGCCAACAUACACUCCAGCAGCUCCUUCAAUUCCACGUGUGGUGGACACUACUAAACAUAGCAUUAGCUUGGAAUGGACCAGACCCAUGUAUGAUGGUGGUGCUGAUGUUAUUGGCUAUGCUGUAGAGAUGAUUGAGGAAGGGACCGAGCAGUGGUACAGGGCCACUCAGAAAAUUCUGAAGACCAAUUCCUUUAUUGCUGCUGGACUUCAAAGCAACAAGAAAUACAGCUUCCGUGUCGCAGCAGUUAAUAGUAAUGGCACUGGGGAGUUUAGUGAACCAAGUGUGGAAAUUGAACCUGUUGAGAAACUCUCAAUUCCUGAGCUUGACCUUCCUGAGGAUUUGAAGAAGGUUGUGUGUCUGAGAGCCGGUAACACUCUAAGGCUGUUUGUCAAUGUGACUGGAAGACCUGCUCCAGUGCUGACCUGGAGGAAACCGGGCAUUGACCUGCAGAGCCGUGGUUUCAUUGAUUCAACUGACAGUUACACUCAACUCAUUGUUGAGAAGGUCCAUCGUUAUGAUGCUGGCAAAUACACUGUUGAGGCUGAAAAUCCCUCUGGCAAGAAGUCAGCGAUCAUUCUCGUCAAAGUUUAUGACACUCCUGGACCACCCAGUUCAGUUAGAGUCAAAGAUUACACAAAGGAGUCUGUUGUCAUCACAUGGGAUGUACCAAGUGUUGACGGUGGAGCCCCUGUGAACAACUACAUCAUUGAGAAACGUGAAGCUACCAUGAAAUCCUACAAGACAGUUACAACAGAAUGCAGGAAGACCCUGUUUAGAAUCACUGGGCUGGAAGAAUCAGUACACUACUUCUUCAGAGUGUUACCAGAGAACAUAUACGGUGUUGGAGAACCAUGUGAAACAACUGAAUCAGUGUUGGUCUGUGAAGUUCCUAGCCUUCCUCAGGAUCUGCAUAUUGUGGAUCUCGGAAAGACCUCAGCCAUCCUUAGCUGGGAGAAGCCUCUUUACGAUGGUGGAAGCAGACUGACAGGCUAUGUUAUUGAAGCCACCAUUGUUGGAUCAGACAGAUGGAGUGCAGUGGCCACCGUUAAACAGUCUGUAUCGCAGCACACUGUCACUGGUCUGACAGAGAAGGAGACUUACCUUUUCAGAAUCAGAGCAACCAACAGCAGAGGAGUCAGCGAGCCUAGGGAGAUUACAGGACCUGUGGUCAUUCAGGAACAGCUAUUGGCACCUUAUAUUGACCUGACCAGCAUUCCACAAAAGGUUGUCCAAGUGCCAGCUGGCAAACCAAUCAACCUCCAAAUUCCUAUCAAGGGAAGACCUGCUGCAGUUUGCACCUGGUCCUUUAAUGGUAUUAAGAUGAAGGAUAGUCUUGACCGAGUUAAAAUUGAGUCUAGUGCAAAAUACACCAAACUGAUUGUCCGUGAGACAACCCUGGAUGACACCGGCAGCUACACCCUUGAAGUCAAAAAUUCUGUGGGAAUUGCCAAAGAGAUACUCAAAGUUAUAAUUCUUGAUAAACCCGGAAUACCUGUUGGACCGAUCAGAGUUGAAGCCGUGGAUGCCACAUCUGUAACGGUCAGCUGGGAGCCACCACUGAAGGAUGGCGGUGCCAAUGUCAGUGGCUAUAUUGUUGAGCAGCGUGAUGCUCACCGCCCAGGAUGGCUGGCAGUGUCAGAAUCUGUUACAAGACCCACAUUCAAGUUCAACAGGUUGACCGAGGGAACUGAGUAUGUGUUCCGCGUUGCCGCUACCAACCGCUUUGGCAUUGGAGGAUUCCUGCAGUCUGAAGUUGUUGAAUGCAAGAGUCUGAAGACUGUACCCAGUGCACCAAACAGACCUGAUGUUCUGGAUGUGACUCAUGAGGGAAUGACCAUCACAUGGCAGCCACCAGAAAAUGAUGGAGGCUCCCAGGUGUCUGGAUACAUCAUUGAGCGCAAGGAGGUCAGAUCUGACAGGUGGAUGAGUAUUGUCAAGAACCCAGUCACCAUGACUAGAUACCGAUCAUCUGGUCUGUGCGAAGGCAAUGAGUAUGAGUUCCGCAUAAUCGCCCUCAACUCCAGAGGCUCAAGCAAACCCAGUAUGGCAUCUAAACCAGCUAUUGCCAUGGAUCCCGUCGAGCCUCCUGGUGUACCACAGUUCCCCCGGGUUACAGACACCACCAGGACAUCUGUGUCUCUGGCCUGGAAUCCACCUGAGGAUGAGGGUGGUUCCAUAGUUACUGGGUACUUGAUUGAGAUGCAGAAAGUGGACCAGGUGGAAUGGACCAUGUGCAAUACAACACCCAUAAAGAUAUGUGAAUACACUCUGACACACAUGCCUCAGGGAGCUGAGUACAAGUUCAGAGUGAUGGCAUGCAAUGCUGGUGGACCCGGAGAGCCAGUCGAGAUCCCAGGAAUCGUCAAGGUUACAGAAAUGCUUGACUAUCCAGAUUACGAUCUUGACCGCAAAUACGCGGAAGGCUACGUGGUCAGACAGGGAGGAGUCAUCAGAUUGUCGGUUCCCAUCAAGGGUAAACCAGUCCCCGUCUGCAAGUGGACAAAGGAAGGCCGUGAUAUUUCGCACAGAGCUAUGAUUGCCACAAGUGAUGAUAUCACUGAACUUGUGAUCAAAGAAGCCCACAGAGAUGACACUGGCACAUAUGACCUGGUUCUGGAGAACAAAUGUGGCAGGAAGGCUGUCUACAUCAAGGUUAAAGUGAUUGGACGCCCAGACGCACCUGAAGGUCCUCUUGAGUUUGAUGACAUCCAGGCUCGCUCUGUAAGAGUCAGCUGGAGACCUCCCUCUGAAGAUGGUGGCUCUGAUAUCUUGGGUUACAUUGUUGAAAGACGAGAAGUAUCAAAGCUAGCAUGGUACACUGUGGACUCAAGAGUGGUGGACACAUCUCUGGUGGUCAAGGGAUUGAAGGAAAAUGUUGAAUACCACUUCAAGAUCACAGCUGAAAACCUGUUUGGUAUCAGCAGAUCUCUAAAAUCGGAUGAAUGUGUCACACCAAAGACACCCUUGUCUCCACCAGAACCUCCAAUAAACCCACCAGAGGUUAUGGAUGUCACAAAGAGCACUAUUGCUUUAUCUUGGGGCAGACCAAAGGAUGAUGGUGGCGCCCGCAUUACAGGAUACUACGUUGAGAGGAGAGAGGUUUCCACUGAGAAGUGGGUGCGUCACAACAAGACACACAUCACUACUACAAUGUACACUCUCACUGGACUCAUCCCUGAUGCCGAAUACGUGUUCCGUGUCGUGGCACAAAACGACAUUGGUCAGAGUGAACCUGGACCCGUGUCUGAAAAUGUUAUAUGCAAAGAUCCAUUCGACAAACCCAGUCAACCAGGUGAAAUUGAUAUAAUAUCUGUUACCAAAGACUGCAUUACUAUUCACUGGCUGCGCCCAGAAUGUGAUGGUGGGAAAGAGAUCUUGGGUUAUUGGAUUGAAUAUAGACAAGCCGGUGAAAGUGCCUGGAAGAAAUGCAACAAGGAACGUUCCAAGGACAGGCAGUUCACCAUGGGUGGUUUGAUGGAGGCAACAGAGUACGAGUUCAGAAUCUUUGCAGAAAAUGAAACCGGAUUGAGUAGACCUCGCAGAACCGCCAUGGGCAUCAAGACUAAACUGAGCUUGGGAGAGGCUCCAUGCCUCAAGGAAGAUAUGGCAGAUGUAAUCACAAAACUUGGCGAAUCAGGAACUCUGACAUGCCAGAUUAUUGGACGUCCCCUUCCUGAAAUCAGGUGGUACAGAUAUGGCAAGGAGCUGAUCCAGAGCCGCAAGUACAAGAUGAGUUCUGAUGGUCGCAACCAUUCAUUGACAGUCGUCACAGAUGAACAGGAAGAUGAGGGUGUGUACACCUGCAGAGCAGUUAAUGAAGCUGGUGAAACAGAGUCCAGUGGCAAGCUGCGCUUGCAGGCUGCACCAGCUUUGCACCCUGGAUUCCCAUUGAAGGACAAAUACACUGCAGGUUGUGGAACAAGUCUUCGUCUCCAUGUUGUCUACAUUGGCCGUCCAAUUCCACAAAUCAUGUGGUUCUAUGCAAAGAAGCCUCUCAAAGCAUCUGAAAAUGUGAUAAUUGAAAAUACUGAGAGUUACUCUCAUCUGGUAAUAAGAAAUGUACAGCGCAGCAAAAAUGCUGGAAAAUACAAGGUGCAGUUGACCAACAAAUUUGGAACUGUUGAAACUACACUCAAGGUUGAAAUUCAAGAUAAACCUACUAAACCCGAAGGCCCUAUUGUUGUUGAUGCCAUGUUGAAGAGUGCAGUAAUCAUCAGCUGGAAACCACCGAAGGAUGAUGGUGGAUCAAUGAUCACAAAUUACCUUGUGGAGAAACGAGAAGCAAAGGAAGGCGAACAAUGGCAUCUGGUGUCAUCAUCAGUCUCAGGAACCACUUGUAGGAUUCCCAAUCUCAUUGAAAGUGCUGGUUAUUACUUCCGUGUUUCUGCUCAGAACCAAUAUGGAGUCAGUGAGCCACGUGAGGUUCCAGGCGUUCUUAUUAUCAAGAGUCCAUACGAAAAACCUGGAAUUCCCAUGCAGCCAGUUGUCACAGAAGUGACCAAGGACUCUUGUCUUGUGUACUGGAAACCACCAAAAGAUGAUGGAGGUGCAAAGAUAAAGAACUAUUUCCUUGAAAAACGAGAGAAGAAACAGAACAAAUGGAUCUCUUGUACAUCUAAUGAUAUCCGCGAGACAAGUUUCACUGUAAAAGGCCUUCUUGAGGGCUUUGAGUAUGAGUUUCGUGUGAAAUGUGAAAACAUAGGCGGUGAGAGUGAUUGGAGUGAGGUAUCAGAGGCUAUCAUUCCCAGAUCUGGUAUUGCAAUGAAGCCUCCCGUCUUCAGAGAAGAAUUGAGACCGGAGAUGAUUGUUAAGUUUAAAUCUAAUGCCACAUUUGUCACCAAAGUUGUUGGACAUCCUAUCCCUACCGUCAAAUGGUACAAGAAUGGCAAAGAAGUAGUUGCAGAUGGAGUCAAAUUGAAAUUGCAAGAAUUCAAGGGAGGCUAUUACCAACUUGUUAUUGCUAAUGCUGAGGAAAGCGAUGCAGGUGUCUAUCAAGUCCGAGCAACAAACCAAGAAGGAUCCAUCUCUGCAACAGUGAAUCUAACUGUUGAAGUUCCUGCCAAGAUCCACCUACCUCUAGAAUUGCAAGGCAUGGGAGCAGUUCAUGCUCUUAAGGGUGAAGUGAUUACCAUUAAAAUUCCUAUCAGUGGAAAGCCUGACCCUCAAGUACAAUGGCAGAAGGGACCAGAGGUUAUGGGAUCAACCGCCCACACUCAAGUGAUUGUCACAAGAUCAUUUACUUCACUUGUCUUUCCUAAAGGAGUUCAGAAGAAGGAUACAGGUUAUUAUGUAAUCACUGCCAAAAACAGAUUUGGAGUUGACAAACAGACCAUUGAGGUUGCAGUGGCAGAUGUACCAGAUCCUCCUAAGGACAUUAAAGUCAGUGAAAUCACUAGAGAUUCCAUUUCUCUUACAUGGAGUCCACCAGAAAAUGAUGGCGGAAGCCCUAUCAUCAACUACAUUAUCCAGAAGUGUCCAUCAACAGGGGACAGGUGGAUCCGUGCUGGCCAAACCAAUGAGCCUAAAUGCACCAUGAUCAAUCUGUUUGGCAAGACAAAAUACCAGUUCCGUGUAAUUGCAGAGAAUGAGUUUGGUCUGAGUGAUCAUUCUGCACCAACUGAGGCUGUAACAACAAUAGAGGACAAAUCUGUUAUCAGAAACUAUGAUGAAGAAGUUGAUGAAGCUAGAGAAAUCACCAAAGAGGAGGCACCACUUUCAAACAUCAAGAUGUUGGCUGCCCAGUAUACAAUUACUGAAGAGCUGGCACGUGCCGGAACAUUUGGCGUUGUUCAUCGCUGUGUUGAAAAUGAGUCCAAGAAGACAUUCAUGGCCAAGUUUAUGAAGAUCAAAGGUAGUGAUCAGGAGCUGGUUACUAGGGAAGUUGAGACACUCAACAGAGUUAAACAUAAGAACAUAAUUUAUCUACAUGAGUCCUUUGAAAGUUUGGAAGAAAUGGUCUUAAUCUAUGAGUUUAUCUCAGGAGUGGAUAUUUUUGAACGACUUGGCACAGGAAACUUUGAGCUCUCGGAACUGGAGAUUGUUAGAUAUCUGAGACAGGUGUGCUCUGCUCUGAAGUUCUUGCACAAACUCAACUAUGCUCAUUUUGAAAUCAAACCUGACAACAUUGUGUACACCACAAGAAGGAGUACAAACAUCAAAAUUAUUGAAAUGGGCCAGGCAAGAUUCCUAACACCUGGAGAAAAUAUCAGAAUUAAUUUCACUGCCCCAGAGUACUGUGCACCUGAAGUCCACCGCCAUGAUUUUGUCAGCACCGCAACUGACAUGUGGUCAGUUGGUGUACUAACCUAUGUACUUCUUAGUGGACUUAACCCCUUUGCAGCUGAAUCAACUACAAAAAUGAUUGAGAAAAUAUCAAAUGCAGAGUAUAUCUUUGACAGUGAGGCCUUCAAAGAGACUAGCCUCGAAGGUAUGGACUUCUGUGACAGGCUUCUGUGUAAAGACCAGGAGAAACGUAUGACAGCUCAUGAAGCCUUGGAGCAUCCUUGGCUUAGGUUGAAGUUGGAGCACCUCAGUACAAAAACAAUCAAGACAUUGGGACACAGAAGAUACUACCAGACACUGGUGAAGAAAGACAGAGAGACAAUCGUCUCAGCAGCUCGUAUAGCUUUUGGUGGUGGGUUCAGAAAUUACAGAGGUUAUGCAGUUGGCAAAGUCAAGAUUGCACACCCUGUAGUAGGUCUGAGAGCAGGUCCAGUCAUGCACGGAUCUUCAGAGGAAGGUGGACAUGUAAGAUUUGUUUGCAACAUUGAAAACUAUGAUGAGACCACAAAAGUAACAUGGUACUUUGGAACUCGGCAGUUGACAUCAAGUCAUAAAUAUGAAAUCAGCUACAACAAUGGAGUUGCUAGUAUCUAUGUCAAGGAAAUAGAAACAUCCGAUGAUGGUGUUUACAGAUGCAAAGUCGUCAGUCAAGAUGGUGAAGACAGCGCCUAUGCAGAACUUUUUGUUGAAACUGUGAGAUGCUACCGUGAAUACUUCAUUGGACGCUCAAUCACAAAGAAGAGAAAGCUUGAUAAGCAAAGACUUAUGCAGAGACCACCAGAGUUCACUCUGCCUCUGUACAACCGUGCUGCUUACAUUGGUGAAGACGUUCGUUUCGGUGUAACCAUAACAGUGCACCCAGAACCAACAGUAACAUGGUUGAAGGCCGGACAGAAAAUCAAACGAGAUGAUAAGAAGUACACAUUCAUUAGUGACAAGGGUCUUUAUCAAUUGAUGAUCCACAACCUUGACCUUGAUGACGAUGCUGAAUAUACUGUUAUGGCCAACAACAAGUUUGGUGAAGACAGUUGCACAGCACGUCUAACAGUGACACCUCAUCCUGUUAGUGAAGACACCAUGAGGCCAAUGUUCAAGCGGCUGUUGGCUAAUGUGGAGUGUGUAGAAGGCCAAAGUGUCCGGUUUGAAUUAAGGGUCUCAGGAACACCUGCACCGACCCUGAAGUGGGAGAAGGAUGGCAGGCCAUUGGAAUUCAAUCAACAAAUCACAGUUAUUGAAGAGGAUGUAGACUAUCAUGUUCUGCAUGUCAGAGAAACUCUUGUUGAGGAUUCUGGUAUUUACAAAGUUACCGCAACAAACUGUGUUGGAUCAGUGAGUUGCCACGCAACACUGAAGGUGGACCGCAUUACAUACAAGAGGAGAGAAUAUAAGAGUGAGGCAGAACAACAUAAAUACGUACAACAACAAAUUGAAAAGACACUGAAAAUGGCACAAAGCCUUUCUACCACUGAAGUUACUGGUCUCAACCCAGCAGCUCAAGAGGCUUUGAAACAUGCUGCAGACAUAUACAAGCCGGCAGUGAGCACCAAACACUGUGAGGGAGAAUUUGAUAUAACAGAAGAAAAACCAUUUGUAAAGAUUGAGGAAAGGAAACUUCGCAUGCCAUAUGAAAUUCCUGAGCCACGUGUCCAUGAUGCAAGUGCUUUGGGUGAAGACCUUUUAAUUAAACACUUUGUACCCUUGUCUGACAUGAAGUGGUACAGGAAACUCAGAGAUCAGUAUGAAAUUCCUGAGCGGAUGGAGAAAAUUGUACGGAAGAGACAGAAACGCAUUCGCCUCUCCAGGUGGGAGCAAUUCUAUGUCAUGCCCCUUCCAAGAAUUACUGACCAGUACAGGCCAAGAUGGCGUAUUCCAAAGCUCACACAAGAUGACUUAGAAACAGUAAGACCAGCAAGAUGGGCGCCUUCUCCUGGAUCAGAGGCAUCCUUUAGGUCAAGAAGACACUCCCUGGGUGAUAUGAGUGAUGAAGAGCUUCUGCAGCCCAUUGAAGAUUACCUGUCAAUGAAGAGAAUGGAAGAGGAAAGGCGCCAACUUGAGGAAGAGCUUGAACUUGGCUUCUCUGCUUCCCCACAAGGCAGCCCUGUCCGGUUUGAGUUAUCUGCUCUGCGCCAUGAGCAAAAGAAACAAGUAGCAAGAAAGGAAGUAUCACAAGUAGGGGAGCACAUGGUAAAGAGAACAGAGGUUUCUCAGUUUAUGAGGAGAAGAAGAUCCCUGUCUCCUACAUAUAUUGAGCUGAUGCGCCCUGUUUCUGAGCUGAUAAGAGCUCCUCGACAACGUCCUCUGGAACCAGGGGAGAUUGCUGUAAGGAGAUCACCGACCCCUGAGAGGACGCGUCCACGCUCCCCCAGCCCUCCGGCUUCGGCUGAGAGAUCCUCCCGCUCUUCCUCAAGAUUUGAGAGGUCAGCCAGAUUUGAUAUCAUGUCCAGAUAUGAGUCAAGAAAGGCAGCACUGAAAUCUGAGCGCCAGUACCAGACAGUGACCCAAACACCAUUCAGCCUUGACCACGCCCCGCGUGUAACUGUAAGAAUGCGUUCCCACCGUGUACCACGUGGUCAGAACACAAAGUUUACUCUGAAUGUCCAAGCAAAGCCCGAGGCUGUGAUGCAGUGGUUCCAUAAUGGACAACUAAUUCAAGAAAGUGAGAAGUUCAGCUUCACAAACAUGAGUGGAGUGCUGUCUAUACAGAUCCGUGAUUGUCAGGCAGAGGACAGUGGUACAUAUCGUGUUGUUUGCUCAAACUCAAAAGGAGAAGCUUCCGACUAUGCUAUUCUUGAUGUUUCUGGAGGAGAAUUCUCCACAUACACAUCACAUCGUAAAGAUGAACUGGCUCCACACCCAUUUGUUCCUGAUAUCACAAAGACGGACCAUUACCAUAUAUCAUCCUUCAAGGCAGCUUCAUCCUCAGAAACACACAUGGAGGUGAGAGAGAGUACUUCAAAGUCAUCUGAAACAUAUGGCCGAUAUGAUACAUCUGAACGACAUGUAUCUGCAUCUGAGAAAUAUGCUGCAUCUGCUAAGUAUGCGUCAACUGAAUACUUAUCAUCUGCAGCAUCUUUGUCAUCAGCAUCAUCUGAAAGGUUUGGUUCGACUGAAAGAUACGUAUCGGGUGAAAGACAUCAAACAUGUGAAGAAAUUGCUUCAUAUCCAGUGACAAAAAUGGAAGUGACAGAAGUUAAGCAAAUUACUGUUCAGGAAGUGAAGUCGACUCUGGCAGCCAGAAUACUCACUAAACCACAGUCUGUAACAGUCAAUGAAGGAGACACUGCUCGUUUUACUUGCGACAUUGAUGGUGAACCAGCCCCAAGUGUUACAUGGUUGCAUGAGGGACAAGUAAUUGUAUCUUCUCAUCGCCUUAUGGUGUCCACCACACAGUAUAAAUCUAUGUUUGAAAUUUCCUCUGUCCAAUCUUGUGACGAAGGUAGCUAUACACUGGUGGUAGAGAAUGCUUUUGGCAGACAAGAGACUAGGUUUAGCCUGACCAUUUCCAGACCAAUUGCCAAAAAGGAGGUUGUCUCAGUAAAGUCACCGGAGCCAAGUUUAAAGUCUCCUGAACAAUUAGCUUCACCUCCCAGUGUUCCAACAACCCCAAAAAUAAAGUCUCCUGAACCAGUCACCUCCCCUAGAAGGGUGAAAUCUCCUACUCCAGUCAAAUCUCCUGAACCAAUGACAUCGCCUCCCAGAGUCAAAUCUCCUCCCCCUGUCAAGUCUCCUGAACCAGCGACCUCCCCUCCAAGGAUGAAGUCUCCUCCCCCUGUCAGUUCUCCUGAGCCAGUCGUGCCACCAAAGGGAGUGAAAUCACCUCCUAGAGUCAAAUCUCCUGAACCAGUUGUCUCGGCUUCAAGGUUGAAGUCCCCUCCCCCAGCAAAAUCUCCUGAACCAGUUGUAUCGCCGAAGGGAGUUAAAUCACCUCCCCGUCUUAAGUCUCCAGAACCAAGGGGAGUAAAAUCUCCUCCCCAAGUCAAGUCUCCAGAACCAAAGGGAGUGAAAUCCCCUCCCCAAGUCAAAUCUCCUGAACCAUUAACAUCACCUCGGAGAGUGAAAUCACCAAUAACUGUCAAAUCCCCAACUCCUAAGGCUCCAAAGAUUGUCCACCAACUCACAGCAGAAGCCACAGAAGACAAAGUGAAAAUGUCUUGUGUAUCUGAAAGCAGCGUAAGAGAGGUUGUGUGGUACAGAAAUGGAGUGAAACUGAUACAAAGCAGCCACUAUGAGUUCCAUAUGUCUGUGGAUGGACAUUGUUCCCUCAUCAUCCAUGAGCUCUCUGAGAACGACCAGGGAGAAUACACUUGUGAGCUCAUAGCAGACGGUGGAGUCUCUAAUAAGUCUUCAUUCUCAUUCGUUGGUCAAGUGUUCCAAUCCAUCUAUACUAAAGUCACAGCUUAUGUGCAGCAGCACAUUGCAAUGAAAGCAAAAUCUGAACAAGUAUCAGUUAGUCAAAAAGAGAAAUCUAUGGCUAUGGCCUCCCAUAUAAGUUCUGAACAGGUUGUUAAAAAAGAAGUCCAUGGAGGAGCUAAGAUGAUGAUGAUGGGGGAGAGUGCUGGUCUUAGCAGCAUGCAGGAACGCAUCUCUUCCCAAUCAGUCCACAUGGCUUCUUCUUCUAUGCUUCAAGAGACCUCUUUCAGCAGCUCCAGUAUGGCCAGUAUGUCUAGCAUGGCUUCCAUGGCUGCUGAAAUGCAGAUGGAAACUAUGUCUCUAUCUAGCAUGUCUUCAAUGACAUCUUCCCAUGCCAUGAGCUCAAGCAGCAUGACCGAAAUGAGUCACUCUCAACUAGAGGAGUCCUCCAUGAGAUCCCUCGCACAGCAUAUGCUAGGUGCAACAGGUGCACCAAGAAUCGAAGCUCUACCAGAGGACAUCACCAUUGAACUAGGAAAGGUUCUCACCGUUGCCUGUGCUUUCUCUGGAGAGCCCACUCCUAACAUAGAAUGGUCCCGUGGUGGACGAACCCUGCCUGGUGAGGAGCAUGGUGGAAGGUUCCACAUUGAGACAUCAGAGGACCUCACUACACUCAUCAUCACCAAUGUGAAAGAGCAGGAUGCGGGAUCGUACACCCUCAAACUGUACAACGACUUUGGAUCUGACACCGCAACAGUAAAUAUUAGUAUUCGAUCAUAAAAAUACAGUCAAUAUAAUUUCUAUUCUCCCCUUCCCGACUUCAAUGCCUUUUUAUUUAUUAAUUGAACAAAAAUAAUCUUACUUGAUAAAGACCUGGAUUUCUGUUAUUGUAAAUAUGAACUAUUUUUAUACCAAACUUGACAUUCAUU